ACACACCUUUGUCAGGACUUGUUUAGAAAAAAUGUUUUGGGGAAAAGAACAUACGUGUUUGGGGGGCGUGAGGUAAAAGACAUUAAAUACAAGUCAAAUUCAGCAUUCUCUGAGGAUCACUCAGUCUGAGAAACACCAUACUGCUGAAGGAGUGCUUUAUUCAAGGACUUGUGGGACAACAUCUGGGAUCUGGGUAGAAAGCAAACAAUAAGGAUUACAAACAGAAGCACUUCAGGUAUGUAACACAAGACAAGGAAACACUCAGAAGGGUGCCAUUUUCUACUAUAAUUCUAUCAGAUUAUUUGAUUGUAAAAAAGGGGGAAAGUGUGGAGAGAUAAUUCUCAGGCAAAAUAUGGGCCAAAAUAGCUUCUUAUUCUAUAUUAAGAAGUCUAGUAAUUAUGCUGUAGAGACUGAGUAUUGAGACAGUUUGGUUAUGAGGAAAAUAGGUUUACAAUUGGCACUGAAAGAAAAGCUAUAAGUAUACAACUUAAUAGCAAUACUCUGAACAAGCCAAAAUAAGCAUUUCCUCUCACAUCUGGGUCCAUGUGGUCCAGUCCUGUGGAUAUUUACUUGAAAGUCAAUUUUAUAAGACUUACUUCCUAGUAAGCAUACAAAAGCAUUGCAGCCUUAUUAGAUAGGCAUUCACAAGAUUAUGGUUAUAGCUGUAGAUGGGUAUGGUAUGUCAGAACCCUGGAAGAGAGACUGACUAAUGCAUUUUUCAAGGCAGAGGGACUGCAUAACCAUCAUUACAAAAAUGUACUUAUUGUGUGCUAGUUCUGUGGACGAUGUGUGUGGAUCCUGUUUUUUGGGUACACUGAACCGUAUCUCUCAAAAAAUGCUUGCAGUUCCUUUGCAGAAAGGAAUUUUGUGUUGACUGUGAAAAAUAACAAUAGAUUCAAGCCAGCUUCAUCAGCAAGGAGUAUAUUAUCAGGAAUCACUGAACUCCUUUGUAUUCCUGUAUAUAAUUAAGUACCUAAUCUUGAGUUAUGGACUUUCAAAAAUUAGCAUCAUUAUGAAAAGGGUGUUUUGUGGGUCAUUAUUAAUUCUUUGCAUGGUGUUAUUUUAUUAUUCAAUUGUCUAUUUUGCUCAUCUCUGCUACUACUUUGGUUUCAAACCUGGACUGUGGGCUUUCAGGUCCGUCCCCCCCAUCUGCAAAAUAGUAUUUAAAUAUGUUUAUCAACACUGAUAAAGCCUUUGCUAGAUUCUACCAUAGAGGCAAACUUUUCAGAAAUCUUCUGAAGUUAAAUGCUGAAUUAGUCUCCUGGAAAAUAUAGGAGUAAAGAACAUGAUUAAAAAUUAAGCAGCUCUGAAGAGCAUUGUGACUUUUAUGGUGUUUCAAUAGUGGCUGAAAGGGCCCAGAAUGAAUUUCCUCUACCUAUGGAAUAACAUUCCCUUCUUCUGAAUUGUUAAGGGCAUGACUGAAAAGAGAACAUCAGAAGAGACAAUCUCGGGUUAGGGAGCUGAAAGAAAUAUUGAGGAAGUGGAACGCACCAUUUUACUUCCAUUCACAAAUUCUGCAAAAUUACUGUAUAAAUAUACCCUCAGGGCAAGUUAGCUGUUGGCUUCCGGCAUUUUAAAAAUCUUGCUUUCUUCUGCAGUGUGUAGUACAGAUCACUUCACUGAGCUGGCUGGGUGUGUUGUACCGAACAUAUUCCUUAUCCUAAGGACAUUUGUUUCCUAGAGGCAUGCAUGACACAUCUUGCUUGAUCCUGCUCCCUACUUGUGGUGCAUAUAUCAAAAUGCAACUAAUCUAAGGGUGCUUCCACUUAACCUGCCUACUGAACAUUCAUCCUGAUUUGUUUGCUGGGAGAUGGCUGAUGGCUGAUGCCUCAAACUAAGUGUUUUUCCAGCUUUGCAGUGCAUUUCCUUGUCACACUCCAUAUAACAAAAAAGUCUAGUUUGGUGGGGUAUUUUUUAAAAAGUUUGUGGCACAAGACCUCUGAAUCAACUAAAAUUGUGGCACCUUGAUGCCACUAAGUGACUGAAUCCCACCUCAAAAUGCCAACAACAUGGAAGUGCCCAGUGUUAACAGGGCAGGAAUUGUGGUUAUGGUUUGUUUAGAAGCAUGGACCAGAUUCCCCCAUAUCCUUUUCCGGCCUCUGAAGAUUCUAUCUUGAGCAGCCUAUUCCAAGCUGCUUAACUUUGGGGUUUUUUAAAGCUGAGUUCUAAAUGCCUGACCAAAUGAAGACUUUCUGUGCUCCUGCUCAAGUGCUUUAAUACAUCACUGGGAGGGCAGGAAGAGUCUGAAAGAAAUCUAACUUCCCUUCGCCUUGGGCCAUCUGCAUGAUGAGCAUGAGAAGUAACUGAAGGGACCACACAGCCAUUGCUGGUUCUGUGCCGGGUUCACUGGUAGCUGGGUGAAUGGCAGGAGCUGACACAGACUGAAUCACACAAGUGGCUCAGUGGGAGAGCAUAUGUGUUGCGUGCAGAAGGUCACAGGUUCAGUCCCUGGCAUCUCCAGGUGGGGCCAGGAAAGACUCUUACUUGAAACCCCAGCAAGCACCACUCAGCAUAGACAUACCAGGACUACAGCAGGAUCUGAUCAGUUUAAUGUAGCAUGAAUAUACUCUGAGAAGCAAUCACUAUUUGAAAUUGGGAAGGCCUUUCCCUUUGGGGCUGCUGGGGUUUUUCACCAUCCCACUGUAAUGGACACUAUGCCUCAGUGCUUAAGUCCUUUGGCCAUGUUAUCUCACUGAACCAACGCCCAAGACAUCUAGAGAAAGCCACACAGACUACCCCAGUAUUGCUAAAUACACCAACUGGCAGCAGCUGAAGAUGGCAGAGAUUGCACACAAAGCAUAAGCUCUACCUGUGAGCUAUGCUCCUUCUCUAAAUUGCUCCUUCAUUACCGCAGUAUCAACCUUGCUGUUCAUGCUUGCAUUUUGCAAGCAAUCACUUGCUUUGGAUAUAAUUAUAUCACAAGUCCAUUAACAAUUAUUUCUAUUUGAAGAACUCUUAUCAAGAUAAAACUAUAAUUUCCCUUGUUUCUUUUAGAUCUUAUGCCUAUUUCAGAUAGCUCCUGGUGUAUUUUUUUGCUCAUAAGUUUUCCAUAGUUUUUGUUUUAUACUAUGCCCCGAUGCUACAAAAACACCAGUAUUAGUAAGAAUACGUAAUGAGCAAAACCAUCUUAAAAGAAUAAUGUUCUGCUCUGGUUUAGUUAUAAUUGUGAAUACCUAGAAUUAACAUAAUUUAACUUUUGUGUUAUGCCACACUCCCAUGGCAGCCAUUUUGUGUUAUGCCACGCCUCCUCUCCCUCCAUAGCAGCUAUUUUUGUCUAGCGCCCCCAGCACUCUCUGAAAAUUCGAAAUGUGUCCACUGGUCCAAAAAUGUUGGCAACCCCUGCCUUAGUCCAACCUCCUGCUCACUGCAGGAAAGUUAGAGCUAGAAUGUCCCCAACAGAUUGCUGUGCAGCCACUCCUGGAAGACCUCCAAAUUUCACUUAUGAGCCUUAAAUCAGCUCCUUGGGCAAAUGCAACAUUUUCAGUGGCAGGAUAUAGAAUAGUUUUUCUUUUGAAUUCCCUUUCCUUUGAUGUCUUAUCACAUGAUGGGCAUCCAUGUGAAACACCAAAAGCAAAUGUGCCAGCCUGCUUCAUUUCUAGUCACUGAGAUAAUCAUCUUUGUACCCCAGAGGAUGGAACAAAAGGAAAAGAAAGGCUUGCUAGACUUCAAAUACCUGCUGUCGUCUUAGAUAUUUGAAGGAGUGGUACACAGGACUCCAAAGCAGUGGCUAGGCUACUAUAGUAGCUUAGCUGUGAAAGGUAAAUUUGAUUGAUAAGUGAUAUCAGCAGUGCUGGAAGAUCACACAAGCCAACUGGAGCAGUUUCAGUGGCUAAAGUUGCUGUUCAAAUCUGGGAGACUAUAGAACAAAGGGGUAAUUAAUGGAUGGACCUGAUUUUGUCCUGCUAUUGGUGUGCUACCAAAGUUUCCUGUGGCUGCUGUAGGGGGCUUGUUUCUGUUAGCAGACUUGUCCACACCAGAGCAAAAAGUAGACCCCACCCCAAUGUUGUCCUGGACCUUUCCCCCUUUAAAUGUGGACUUUUCCAAUCCUAGCCAUUUUGGACUUUCCAAGGAUUGAAAGACCCUGCAUUUAAAGGGGGAAAGGUCCAGGACAACCCUGGAUAGGGUGGACAUUACCGGGGAGAAAGGCAAAUCCACAUUUUCACUAGUGUGGACAAGCUAUAUGUGUAUAUAUGAAUUCUAAGUGUUUGUAUGAGAAUGUUGAUGUUUUAUAUGAAUUUCUAAUGGUAUAGUGUAUUUAUUUUUAUAUAUUUAAAUGUAUGUCUUUUGGAGACCUUGAUAACAAAUGAGUCACAAACAUAAUAAAUACUAUUUAUUUGUGUGUUUUAACAUUGAUAAUCUGUACUUUCAUAAAAUAUAUCAAGGUGGCUUAUAGCAUAUAAAAUACAAUAAGAGAUUUCUAUUUAUUUAUUUUUUAGUAGAUUGACUAAACAAAGCAAAACCUUUUUCUAUAUUUCAAAAAGUGAAAAUUCAGACACAAAAGUUGUUGUUUUUUGGCCAAAGUUGUUGAGCUUUUUCUAGUUUUGUCCAAGGCUAUUGAGCUAUUAAGGAAAUUCAUCAAAAUCUACACUUUCGACAUUGGGUACGUCCGGAUUUUCCCGGACAUUUAAGCAAUUUCUGCCUGGACACUAUUUCCGACCACUGAAUCCUGGCUGUGUCUGAAAAAUUCCGUAUGGCAACCCUAGUUUAAAUAGUGUGAAAUGACAGCCUUAGGAUUUGAUUGCUGUGACCCAGGGGCCAGUUGAAGAAUAAUUUAAAGGACGGUAACACUGCAUUGUGUCUUUCCUGGGAUUACUGAGCAUUCAUCACCAGACAAAUGCCAUAGAAUAAGUCACAGAUGGGAAACCUGUGGCCCUCUACAUAUUGAACUACCACCAUCCCUGAACAUUAGCCAUGCUGGCUUGGGCUGAUGGGAGCUGGAGUUCAAAACAUCUGAAGGGCCACACUUUCCUUGUCUGAGUUAGAGAGUAUGCUUCUCAAAUAGCUUUGAGUCCUAUCGCCUUGAGUUUUGUUGUUAAAUUUCUUGGCAGCUUUAAAAUACUUGGAAAUGUCCUCUUUGGACCUCUGUGGCAGGAGACUAGAGGGAGGGGUCACAAUUUUUCUGUUCACAGCAUGCAUGACCAGAUGCCGUCUGAAGUUUGCUUAAUUGCAUUUUAAUCCUUUAUGUCACGUAAGGCAAGGCUCUGCGAACCUGUGGUCCUCCAGAUGGUGUUGGACUCCAAUUCCCACUGGCCUCAGCCAGCGUGGCCCAAUGGUCAUGGUUAGAUGAGAGUUGCAGUCCAGCAAUAUCAGGAAGGCCACAAGCUGCCAACCCUCCUCAAAUGAGCUCAGAUAAAUGUUUGUGGUUCUUCUCCUCCCCACCAUUCUAACUUCACAACAAACCAGUGAGGUAGUUUGGGCCGAAAGACUGUGACUGGCCCAAGGCCUUCAUGGCCAGGACUGGCCCAAGAUGUUUUGCUGGUUGAGGUAAAUGACACAAUGGCUCCCCCUUCCAUGCCCAGAAGCUGACUGGCUUGGCAGUUGAAUUGUGCAUCAACACUCUCAACAGGAGAGCAUAGCAUCUCCUAUUGCACCUGGUGGUUGCAACAGGCUGGUUGUGCUUGUGUGUGCUUGCAAGGCCAUGUGGCACACAUAGCUUUGAUCUCCAUCAGAGGGGAACGGCCAGAGGUGUGGCUAGGGGAGCUGUUGCCUUUGCCUGCCAGUCUGUGAUUCCCUUAUUCUUCCUAAUUGUACGACCGGCCUUGCUCAUGACAACAGAUUGGGGAUUUGAUCUUCAGGUGUGGUUUGACACCCUGACCUCUACUCCACACUGGCUGCUCUCCCAAAUCCUGAAAGCCAAGGUCGAGCAAAAGAAAGGAACAUGCAAAAGAAACUUUAGCAAAACAACAAAGGCUGAGAGAGUGAGGCCAAGAUGCCACCUCAAGCCAAAAUCUUCUCAUAGACUGGGUUGGGUUUAGCUCCAGGGCUCCAUUGUUCCACCCGCCUAAGCUCAUCUUUCAAGCAUCUUCCUUCAGUGUUGGAGCUUGUUCAUCAUGCGCGCCAAUUAUGACUCUGCCCGUGAUUCAUGGUUUAAGGUGCUGUGGGUUUGCUGAAGCGCCUCGGGCGUCCAUUAUCCUAAGGAAGAGGGCACAGCAGUGAAGAAAGAUUCGGGUGGAUUUAGACAAACAAUUAGGAUGGAUUUACCCUGAGAUGAGACUCACUUCAUGUGCAAAUAUUUUCCUCCACAGGAGCAGUAUUUGUCUAGGAAAAAGGACACAAUAUAAUCCCAUACGGAGCUCAGCGAGUUUUAUAUUGGAUCAUGCAUACAUGCAAGGCUGCUUCUGUAGGCAUCUUUUUAGCCAAUGUGGCUUGAGAGGAAAUUCCUUCUUUAGUGGCAAUCAACCAAUCACUGAGCAUGAGUAAAACCACUUUCAGAGUCAUCCCAAAGGCAAUUAAACCCUCUUCAUGAGUUCACUGAGCCGUAUGUAGGUGGGCGGAAUGAAAUUGCACCCACACCAUACAUUUAAAGCACUUUUACGCCACUUUAACAGUCAUAGUUUCUGCAAGGAAUAAUGGGAACUGUGAUUUACCCCCUCGUAGAGUUAUAAUUCCCAGCACCCAGAGCAAAGUGCAGUUCCCAGGAUGAUUGGGGCAGGGGGAGGCAUGUGAUUUAAAUGUUCCUUACCUCCACAAGUUCAGCAGAUGAUAGCAGAUAUGUGCCCACAGGUAUAAUAAGUACAAAGGGUUCUGUGGUCCUACAGGACCACUGCUUCCCAUCUACUUGAAUGUGCAACAACAGACCUUGUCCCUUCAUAAACUACUUUGCUCCCAUUUCUUGCCCGUUCAGCACUCCUCUUUUUUUAAUACCCUUCAGCAGAACAUAUGUUCCACCUUCCUGGUCUCUUUCCCCCCCUAAUAGGGAGUCAUUGUAGUUUAUUAGGGGGAAAGUAACCACUAUAAUUCAGAAAUCUGAACGUUCCUACCUUUUAUUGCCAGAGGGGGUGGCAAAAGCUAAACAUAAUUGCAAGCUAAAAUAAAAGAUUUAUGUUGUUGCUAUUUUGCCCUUCUUCUUGUAGGAAUUUGGGGUAGUGUACAACACUGUUAAAAUGCAACAAUGUAAAAAUGUGAUUUAAAAAACUCAAAAAGCUAUGUGUCUGAAAACAGGAAUCUAGUUGAACAAAGAAUACCACCAAUACGGCUGGAUCCCAAGGACAGUCAUAUCCCAAAAGUGCAAGCAAACAAAUACAGAUUGUUUUUACAGGAAUAUUUUAAAUUUUGAGGCCUGGAAACAUUUGAAGAAUAACGCUGUGAACUACUGUAAAUUUGAGCAGGGGGAGAUAAACACUGGCUAAAUAUUCCUGAGCUGCCACUAGAUGACACUGUUGCGUCACUGACAAAAGCAGUUGUUUUUAAAAACAAGUUUCUACCUUUCUUCUACUUAAUAGACACCUCUCCAGAACUUCAAUUAAAUAAUUGUGAACUUCGGAUUUUAAGCAUUCUAAUACCUUGGAUAGAUUACUUCAGAGCAUUUUAUGAGGCGGGAGAGAGGUCAAAGAACACAAUACCUUUCUCUUGUGAGAGGAAUUGGUUUAUCUUAAAAAACAAACAAAAACUAAACUUCUAACUGGCUGAGCACUUUCCAGUCUUUAUAAAUCACACAUAUUCUCAUCAAAUAGAAAAAGGCCUAUGAAGUGGUCCAGGAGGGACUGUGUGAAAAUGUGCAAACUGCACAUCUUAAGUUGCUUCCUGGCCUAGCAUUGGCUGAGGAGGGAGGAAGGGCCUGAGUGGGACCACUACAGCAAAGUAGCCACGGGGGGGGGGGGUCAGGAAUAUGUUAACCUUUGCUCUUUCUCUUUGCCUUCAUGUAGCAAUGAUAUGGCCGCUGUAACAAAGAAAAACAAGCGGGAUGGAACAGAAGUCACAGAGAGACGUAAGUGAAACCUUUUCUAGGAAUAGAUGAUUCUUUAAGUUGAUUCCCACAGACAUUGCAGAGGUAAAAGUUAGCAUGCAAUCAUUUCACCCUUCAAUAUCUACGUGGUUCAAUGGUCUUCUGACAUCAUUAUAUCAUUUUUAAAAAGGCUUAUACAUAAUGAAAUGUUCAUUAUGUGGCAAUGGGAUCUUAAAAUGUGAAGGCCCUUACUGCCUGAGUAUUGGGACCGAGGAGUCAUCUCAGGGUAACACUUCAAAGAAAAAAGUUUAUGUGAAUUGGCCCCAUGGUUGGGACCAAGUGGAACCUCCCGAUUAUUUCCCAAAUGGAAGUUUUGAUAUAAUAAGCCAACCUUGCAAACCAGGUUAAUAGCAGCUUAAUACUAUAUGCCAUUUCAGAAGCAUUAUAUUGCCAUUUUCAGAGAUGGUUUCGGCUAAAUAUUUCACAGGGUCUCAGGCAAUUAUCCCUGCUGUAUACAUCCUUUGAAAAGUUAUCUCUCACUAUGCCUUCAUAAGUAUCUCACCUGUAAAAAAUCGAGUCCUUCUCAGAAUUUCCAAAAUGGUUUCCAUGGGCCAGAAAUGAAUAUUCAAAACAACUUUCAAAAGGAAUUUGUUGGUUUGAAUUCAAGACUCAAAUUCAGCUUAGCAAUUUUGAAAAAAAGAGAAGAAGUCGUGGCCACUUACUUAUCGCCCCCAAACAGGGAGAAAAGUGAGCACAGAUUUGCAUUAAAAUUGCCUAUGUAUAGAUGUGAUUUUAGAAAUAAUGCUGUGAUUUGAAGGGAAAUGCAACUGAUCUCACCACAGUGGGAAAUAGUGUGAUCAGGUGACCUGUGUACCUGCUCAAUUUGCUAUCCAGAUGCUAAUGAUUGAGGAGCAGCAUCAAGGUUCCUCUGUAAAUGAGGACAACCUAUCCCAUGGAUUUAUACUUCUCUUCCCCCUCUCUCUCCUUUUUUUACAGUUAUUACAGAAACUGUUACCACCAGACUGACAUCUCUUCCCCCAAGUAAGUGGUUGCUAUACAGAAUUCAGUAUACCUGUUUCUGCAUGCAUGCAUCUCAGUUUGCUUUGUUUGUGCUUCUUUGUCAGAAGCCCCUCAAGUGUUUGUGCCACUGAGCUUAUAGAUCAAAGCAUAACAAAAGCACCACCCUACUUACGGUUGCUUUUCUGAAGUUGCCCAAGUUACAGGAAAGACAUGGAUUAAAAAUAGCAAGAGACUUUGUACAGUGCAUGGGAGUUCACUAGGCCCAUAGGCUUGGCUCAGAAGAAUAUAUGGAACAAAAUCCAGUUAGAUCAUAUUAUUUCUGAGCCAAGGAACAUUGCCAGUAGAGGGUUGUUGUUUCUAAAUAUCAAUUGGUCCCAUUCUCCCAUGGCUUUUGUAUGACCUCGGCCCGCAUUGUCCGUGAUGAUGUAACUUCCCUUCACACUAUCAGCCUGGAAAAACCUGGGUGGGAUGGGAUGUGUUGACUAAAACAGCUGUUUGAGUUUGAUAUCGAGCACCUUUGCUGAGUAACUUUUGGCCAGCCACACCAUCUGUGGUGUGGUUUCUUUACCAGAGUAAUUGUAAGGAGUGCUAAGCAGUGAUAAUAGCUCUUGAUCGUACAACUCUUCUGACUAGGGUUCUAGCCUUCCCUUUCUCACUGAAAUGUAAUUCUCAUUUCAGCUAAGUAAAUUUAAAGUGGUCUGUUUUCUAGCACUGAAGCUGUGUUGCAAGUAUGACACAUGUGAGUGUAGGCAGGGAGACCCACCUAGUCAGUUCAAAGUUGACCAUGCGGCAGCCCUAUUCUUGAGAGGAAUUAAUCCAGUCCACUUUUCCUCAACCUCGUACUCUCUAGUUGUUUUGAACCAGUGUUUUUUUUUCCUGGUGGGACGCAGGGGUACGCAUACCCCUAAACAUUUUGUGAAUCUUUGUACUUUACUAUAUUCCUCCCACCCCCGAUUUGAACUAUAAAAUGGUGAUUUUCUUGAGUCAAAAUGAGAGUACCCCCUAAACAUUUUUUUUUUUUACAAAAAAAGCACUGUUUUGAACUAUAGUUCCCAUCAGCCCCAGCAUGUUUGGGGAAGGCUACUCUAGUCUUACGUUAUUUCUGUGAAAUUGACCAUCAUCAUUCUAUUAUUAAAUGCUGCCCAUCUGACUCUGUUGCUCCAGCCACUCUGGGCAGCUUCCAGCAAAAUAUUAAAACUCCAUAAAGCAUCAAACAUGAAAAACUUCCCUGUACAGGGCUGCCUUCAGAUGUCUUCUAAAAAUCAUAUGGUUGUUUGACACCAUAUAUGUGAGGCGUGCUCAUGUUGUAUAUGGCCCCACCGAAAGGCCCUAUAUUUUUCCGCAGUACUCUUUUCCUGCCUUUUCCCACCCACAUAAUCUCAUGUUGUGUUUACUUUGACAGAAGGAGGCAGUACCAGCAGCCUCAAAUCAACAGCCUAUAGUGGAGGAGGUGGAGUGGAGAAAAGGACAUACACCCACGGCAGCAGUUAUGUGACAGCCAGUAAGUGGUUCUCAGACUGAAGGGAAAGGGAAACAACAUAAACGAGGAACAUAAAAAAGGUGUGGGGAGAAAGGGCAGAAGCUUACAAUUCAAAAGCGACAAGUGCUAUGUGUAUGUGUGGGAGAAGCAUUCCUCCUCUGAGCUUUUCUGGAACUACAAGAGGAGGGAAAGAGUCCUUGCCCAGAGUUGCCCUUUAAAAUCUGGAAGCAGGAUCCUUUUUGUGGUAAAUGGUGGGAGUUUAUACAACUGGUGGUUCUUUCUUCUUCCAGGAAGUAUCACCACACAAUUAUAUUUCCUUGCAAUCUCCUGUGGUUCUCUGUCUUUUCUUGGCGCUUCUUCUUGGGCUCAGCACAUGGGGGUACAGAGGAAUCAAAUUAAAAAAGCUGCAAAUAAACAUUAGUUUAUUGUAUAAACUUAUUUGGUUUGCCUUAGAAUAGCCUUUCUGCAGAGAACAUGGAAGGCAUCCAUUUAGACAACCAAGGAACUACCCACCCGCUGCCCACUGGAGAACUCCAAACAGGCUGUGCUGCUUCCUUCUGAUGAGGCUGACAGCAUUGCCAUGUUUGAGGGGGCAUGGGCAAAGACACCUUCAGGGACCCUCACCCUGGCUACGCCCUUGUCUCCCAACAUGCCACCUGGGUUGCUUGUCCUGCCUUCUCCCCCAGUGCUCUGCCAAUCUUGUUGCUUUGCCACCUUCUCACCCACCUCCACCGCCCUGGUGACUGCUCUGCUUCUCCUUUCCAGCAGGAAGAAACCCCAUUUUCCUUACUAAAGAGGCUCCAGCAAUAGCCACCAUCUCCAUUUCCCAUGAGUUCCUCUUUUUCCUGCAGACACCCUGGGGAAAUGAAGGUGGCGGCUGUUGCUGGAGCCUCAGCAAGCUCUUCACUGCAGAGGGCACCCUGUGCCAUCAUUGCUGGCCGUCAUUUGAAAACCCCUGGAUUGUAGGGCCUUAGAGCCCCAAAGUCCAGCCCGAACAGAACCACUGGAAGGUAGCCUAGACAGGACAGACCUCACACAACUUCAUGGAACUUUAUAAAACCUUCCAGGUGUAAAGCUCCCCAUAGGCCACACACACCUCCUAGAAGGAGAAGUAACGCCCCUAGUUAAUUAACAUGGAACACAUUAGCGUGUUUUCUUGUAAUGGUCCUGAUUGAAAUGGCUUUUUGCAAUUUCCCUAGAUACUUUAGGAAUCCAUAUUGAAAGUAUGAUGCUCACAGCCACAUUAAAAGAGCCAGAGCAGUUUGAGUUAAUAAACUCUUGAUGUUUCUGUGUCUUAAGUCUGUGUGUUCCAAGUCAGUGUAAAAAUUGGAGAGCAGGGCAGAGGAGGGAAGCAAAGGCUUCCUCACAAAAGUUCAUUGUUCUUCAAACAGUUUAAUGGGGAAGCCACUGAAUGACACCAGAUUCAGAAGUACAAGCAAAUGUAUGAGAAUAGCCCUCUUUCUAGGAUUACAAAGGGUACAUUCUCUCUUCAUAAUUUGGAGCAUGGCAUUCACCCAGUAUUCACAUGACUGCAUCAUGUUAGAUCAUAGCUAUCCCUCUGCUUUUGGAGACCUCAGGAAAAUCCAAGGGCAGAAAUAUAUGCAGCAACCAGGACUUUUGACAAACCACAUUUUAACCACACUAUUCCAAGUAGGAUUUGGGUGGGGUUUGAUUUAGUUUGGGUGGGGUUUGAUUUAAAGGCAAACCUACCUAACUCACAGUUCCAGAAACAAUAUGCAAACCAAGACACUCUCACCCUUCAAAAUCCACACGUCAACAAACUUUGCAGUGUGUAGCAAACCACACAGAAUUUGUGUGAAACUGAAAUACUCCGUAAAGCCCCUAAGUGACUAUAUGAGACCCCAAAUGUCACUGACUUCUAAAGGCUAUGGCUUGUAUUCAACGUAACUGUAAGUAACCAUCCCAGCAGAAGGAUUUAUGCUUGUGCCAUGGGAUUCCCCCUCUCUCCUCACACACUCCCUGCACCACCACCCCAAAUUUGCUCUGGAGGGUUGCGGGAACCCCCCAGAAAAGAUUCAGGGUGUCUGUGGGAGGAGGAGCAGGGUACAGGCCUGUUGUGUGAGUGUAAACCCUUGAGCUGAUGGGGUUGUUACGUAGCGCUAUUUUGGAUGAAAGCCUGUUGCUGGCUGAAUGGAAGAUGGAGGGGGUUUAUGGCCAUGUGUACAAACCAGCCUGAUAUACAAAGGUUAAAUAUUUGCUGGUUCCACUUUUGUCUCUGUUUCCCCCCUUCCCAAAAGUUGCCCAAUAGCAAAUGUGACCCUCAAGCUGAAAAAGCUUCCUUUUCUAAGUAAUAAAUAUUAAAUUAAAGACUGGACUGUCAUUUCCAUCACAGUCUGGUCGAUUGUACAUACAUUUUAGGAGGUUUUGUUUCAUCUGUAGGUGGAAAUGCUAGAACGAAUACCUCCUCUUCCUCCUACAAGCAAGCCAUCACUCCUUCUUCUACUCUUACCAAAUCACCAGGCUCAACCUUUGAACGAAAAACCUAUUCCACUCGCCAUGCAGCAUAUGAAGGUAUCAUAGUCUCAAGGAAACUAAGGGGUGCACAGUUUAUGUUGGCUAAUCAUGCAACUAUCCUAGAAGCCUGCUUCAUUUGCACAAACUCUGGCUUACAGGGACCUCACAAAUGUGCUCAUUCCUUCAGAGAAGCUCGUACCUACUCUGAUCUUUCCUGGUCCUUCUAGCUGACCCAAAUCUUUUGCUUAACCACUGUCUGUAACCAUAUUACAAGCCUUGGCUACAAAUGGUGUUUGAGGAGGAGAGACCUUAACUACAAUUCCAUAUUCAAAUUACACGCUAAGCCAAACUUUCGGUUUAGCUGCAGUGCUGUGCUUAAAGGACCAGAGAGAAGCAAAGUGGGUGCAAGCCCCUCUCUGGGAUCCAGCACAAUUACGUGGUCUCGGGACACCAUGGUUUGGCUUACCGUGACAUGUGAACCUGGCCAGUAUAUACUUGCCCUUUACAGUGCUUCUGCUACUUUUGACCCUUUCAUUAUUCCAAUGAGUCACACCCCAUUGUCAUAUCAAUUCAUGAUCCUUUUAGCCUUUUUGGAGUAUAGCACUGUAAUCCAUUGUCUAACAUAACACUUUCAUCAGCAGUGAUAAUCCUCUCUCUGCACUUUGCCAAGAUCAUUUCCUGACUUCUCAUGCAGACUAAUCCAUAGAUCUUCUACGUAUGUCCUUGGGACACCUUUUAAUUCCAGAGAAAACUACAGGAUACUGUAUAGACCACGAUGUUGAUACGUUAUACUAUUGAAAUCCCCCUUUCCAUAUAACACAUGCAGUUAAAUUUUGAUAUGAAAUCUUCUUGUUUUUUCCCUGCAGGGAGCUCCAGCGCAAAUUCCUCUCCAGAGUUUCCAAGAAAAGAUUUUGGUACAUUUCUGUUAUUAAUACUAUGAAGGCCAAAUUGAGGACAGGUGCAUAGUAAAUGCCUUAUGGUCAGGGAGUUCAAAAUGUUGAAAAAUCCCUAUACUCUUGCACUAGAAUGAAUUAUGGAAAUGACUCAGAUUUGAGUAUAUUUCUUAGCUGUCAUGUUUCCAUCUGGUGCAGAGCUUUGCAUUUAGAAAGAAAUGGACUCUUUCUAAUAGUUCUGGCUUUAGUAGAUAAGAAGCUGAAAUGUGUGUGUCUAAUAUUUGGGGAUAAUAUGCAAGUGCCUGAUCUACAAAAGUAACGGGCAGCACAAGCAUACCCCUUUCCCACUCCAUCUCUGUUGUGCCAGAGUCCCAGGAAGCUGAAAGGAAGUCCAAGAGCCAGUUACCACUGUACUGCCAGUGCUUCCCAUUCCUGGCUGAACUACUGCAAUACAGAUUCAGAUCAGAUCAGGUCCUUGGAAGCUGGGUGGCAUCGGAGGGGAUAAAGAGUGAUAUAGGAUCUCAUUCCCCUGUCACUGGAAGCAUAAAUCAUUCUUCCAAUGUUUUCUAAGGAUGUGUACACAUACUAUACCUUUAAAACAGGUUAUUCAAAGAACCUUCUUUCCCCCAAAGUAUUCUGGAUUUUCGUCAACCUUCUCAUCUUCAUCACAGUUUUUCAAAAUAAAAUUCAAACAAUUGCAUUUUCCUUGGUUUUCACAGGUUCCUCUGCUACCAGGGGGCGAAGCCAAACUCGUGGUAAGAUAUAAUAUACUGUACACUUUGCAGAGAUCCAAAGAGUUAAUUUAGACAUGCCCAAGAGUGUGUGGGCAUGCUAAGUGGUUUUUUGUUUGUUUGUUUUGAAAGCUUUUUUCUUUAAGGCCAAGUCACACAAGUUUUUAAAAAAGUGGUUUGCUAUGAUGAGGCAUGGCAGGUUGCUACUGUGGAAAGCAACACUUUGAAAUGUCAGCACAUAUUAUGUAAAAGGAAAAUUGGGCUGGUGGGAGGUCUAGGAAUGUAAGCAGAGUGCAGUUUUAUAAAACUUGCUGUCACCAUUGCAUUAUAAUAAUAAACUCAUAAAAAUGAUUAGACAAGCCAUGGUGUAGGAGAAAUUAGUAUUCUAUUCCUAUCAAACUUUGCUGCAUGUGGUCUAAAUACUGACAGAACAUACCAAAUGCCAAGCUAACAACCAGCAGCAAUGAACCUUCUUCAUGCCAAAGGUGUGUACAGGGUAUCCAGUUACCAUUACCUCUCCCUUCACAAUAAGCCUCUUCUUUCAUUUUGUCUUGUACAGAGAGUGAAAUUCGAGUGAGGCUGCAGAGUGCUUCUCCAUCAACCAGGUGUAAGUGCUUGAGCUAUUUUUUGUGGACUUGAACAAAGGGUAGCUGAAUCUCCUUGAUUAAUAAUCCAGUAGUUGUAGUGAUGAACUCUUCCUCUGACCAUUCGGUAGCCCUUUUUUCCAUGAUGCCAUCUGAUAUUUUCCUAAUAUCUGUUAGCCGGAAACUGUAUAGGGGAUGACAAAAAUACACGAGGAGCAAGGAUCACUUUAAUCCAAUGAAGAAAUUACUUGUGGCCUCAAGGGAAGAGGAGUCCUUGAUGUUGAGGUGGAACAGCCAGAACAGAGACAAGGGUUGCAUACACACUAUAUCUUUGAAGCACGUUUGAAACACAUUCUCCCCACCCGCCCUGAAUUCUAGACACUGUGGUUUGUUAAUGGUUGCUGGGAAUUGUAGCUCUAUGAGGGGUAAACAACAGUGUCCAGAAGUCUUUGAGGGAAAGAAUAUGCUUCAAAGGUAUAGUGUGUGUGUGUAGCUUUGGCCUACACCAUUCAGCUCUAUUCAUCUUCAGAUGCAUCUGUCAUUUUUAAGACCCAAACAUAUAAAGCAUACAAUUUUCUACCAUCAUCAUGCUUUUAAUUUUCUACCUACAUUGUCAAGUUUUGAGCUUAAGUCUCCAAUAUCUCUCUUCUCUUUUAGGGACAGAAUUGGACGAUGUCAAACGACUACUUCGGGGAAGUCGGUCAGCUAGUGCUAGCCCAACUCGGUCCCCAUCAAGCACACUCCCAAUACCUAAAAAAGCUGUUGUGGAAACCAAAAUGGUGACAGAGAGCAGCCAAUCAGGUAUCUCAUUGCUGGACCCCAGGAAUUCCAGUAUAUUUCUAAUCUAUCAAAUCACAGAAUAAGGUGGAGAGGGUGGCAGAGGCUGCAAAUGUAUGUCUUCUUUUCAGGCCAACAGUGCAAGGAUCACAGGAUUGUUCAAAGGUGCAUGCUUUUUCCUAAUAUCCAAAAAGUGGAGUGAAGUAUAACGGCUUCAGUCCUUAAUCUCUUGGCAAUAAUUGAGUGGCACCAUUGCAAGACUCUUUUUUUAGUUUCAUCAAAAGUAGUUUCACACUAGGUAUGGGGAACCUAUGGCCCUCCAGGUGUUGCUGGACUCCAGUUCCCAUCAGCCCCAGCCACCAUGGCCAAUGAUCACAGGUGAUAGGAGCUGUAGUUCAUAGGUUCCCCACCCCUGUUCUAGACUAAAUACCAGCUCAGAGGUGUUAGUUAAAACCUAGAAGGUCAGGACUCAGGAGUGACUCCUGACAAAUAGGCAGCAACUGCAGGAAGCAAAUAUGCUCAAUGUGAGGAGGGCAAGGAAAGAAUUUGAAUCGAUGAAGGGAUGUCUGCUGAUGUCCAAUUCCAUGGCCACUGAAAACUGUGCUAGGGAUCACCAUCGGUUUAUGAUGUUUUAGAAUAGGGAUGAGAAACCUGUAUCCCUCCAGAUGUUGCUGGGCUUCCAUUAUCCUUGACUAUUGGCCAUGCUGGCUGGGGCUGUAGUUGCAGUCCAACAACAUCUGGAGAGCCACAGGUUAGCCAUGCCUGCUUUAAAACCAAUUUGAAGCACAUAUUCAUGCUUUUCUCUAUAACUCUGAAGACUAUAUAAACUUGUUUUUUUAAAAAAGGAAACACCAAAAACAGAUUAGACCAAGUUUCAUAUUUUAUGUCGCUGUUUAGGUGAGAGGAACAGAAAAAGAAAUCACAUUGCCUUAGGAUCAUGCAUUGUAUAUAAAGAAAUAUGGUUUUUAAUGUUGCUUGUUGAUUUUUCUUCCAGUGUCAGGGACAUACGACACGACCAUCUUGAAUGCGGCACUCCCACCAUACAUGUGGUCCUCCACCCUGCCUGCAGGGUCGUCUCUCGGUGGCUACCACAACAACAUGACUCAAAGCUCCUCUUUGAUGAACACGGCAGCACAUUCUACUGGAUCAGGUACAUGUUCACAGCAUUGGCCAUAGCAAUUCUGCAGACAAGCUCCGAGAUAACCUUUUCUGAAAAUCAUGAGGUGGCCAGUUGUGGUUACUCAAUACCAGAAGUCUUAAAGACCAUGAAGGAAGCAUGCAGUGUGUAUAUUCUGCACCAUCAUUGCUUUCCUACAUUUUCAUUGCCAUUCCUCAGUUGGUUUCAGAACUUGCCUUCACCGUACGGGUAUAAGUGAUAACCAUAUUGGAAGUUGGGAAGGAAUUGCUCCUUCUGGCCAAAUUGCCUAAGUGACUAUUGGAAUUUGAGGACAAUAUAUCGGAUCAGGGUGGGAUGUGUGACCUCUACUGAACACAUUCGUUUCAGACAUAUAUAUUAUUCAAUAGAAGGUUAAAUUUAGUAAAUCAAAUUUAGAUCGCUCUAAAGUACAACCGAGUACCAGUAAAAGAAGAGUUGUGAAGCAACCAACUAAACAACAGCUUGCAAGAUUAGGGUAGACAUCUGCAAAGGGCGAAGCGCAGUGGUUUUAGGCUAGGGAUGGGAAACUUAUGGCCCUCCAGAUGUUGUUGGACUCCAGCUCCCAUAAGCCCCAGCCAAUAUGGUCAAUGUUCACUGAUGGCAGGAGCUGUCCAGAUACAACAUCUGGAGGGUCACAGUAUACCCCUCUGCCAUGUUUUAGAGACUUCUUUCAGUGUGUGGACUUCAAAUGGAAAAGUUUAAAGUUUACUGAUCAUUCUGCUACAGGACAAGUGAUUUGUGUCACGUCCCAGAUGUGUUGGAAUCUUUCUGACCUUGCCUACAUAGUCAACAGUCUCUUCCUCUUUUCCCUACCUUCCCCCACAGUGUUUGGCGUCCCAAACAACUUGGCUCCCAGUUCCCCAGCUCUGCAUGCUGGUCUCAGCAGUUCUUCCACAGGUGCGUUUUCUCCCUCCCUCCUUGAUCCCACCUGUCAAGAUGCGUGGCCAUCGGGAGAGGGAUAUGCAAAGGGUUUGGUCUCCAGUUCUUCAUGCCAGUGGCAUCAGCGCACCUGGACUAGUUUGUGGGAUUCAUUUAAAGCUCCUGCUCUGUAAACAGAAAUGCCUGUUAGAGCGAUGCCUUAGAACUCCUGCAGCAGAGGAUUAAAAAAAAGUAUUUAUUGAAGAUAAUCAAAAAUACAUAAAAUAAAUACAAGUGAAAUGAGCAACACAAAUGUUGCAGUGUGUCCCUGAGCCUGGGUGCCAGUCAGAGGGAUGUCCUUACCUGUAACCCAAGCCAGAAGGUCUUCAGGUCCUUGCAUAGCAAUUCCUUGCUUUGCAGGUCUCUCAGAACCUAGAAAUCAGCAAGGAAGAUUUCCACGCCCUUCCUCUAAACUUUGAAUUGUAAAGAGAACUUUUAAGCUGUUUCCCAAAGUUAAAACUUUAUUCCUGCAUAAUAUGUUACAGAGAUUUGUGCACUUCUGAGAGGACAAUUAGAAAUGAAUAUGAAACAUGACAGACUAGCUCAGUUUAUUAGGUGCAGUGUAGGGGAAGUCUUCAAUUUUUGGGCAUGGUUAAUUUCAGACCAUUCUUACCUGUGGUGAGUCACUAUGGCUGUUUACUAUUAAAAAAAAAAAAAGCAAACUUGCACCUCACCCCAAUAUAUUUUUAUUUGCAGUAUUUGGUGUUCAGAACAACCUGGCUCCAAGCACACUUGGUGUUGCCAAUACUGCAACCACAACUGCAGGUAAGGUCAUAGAACGUUAUGAAAAUACCUAGCUUAUGAGCCAUUUGGGUGACAUACAUGUACUUGAGAAAUUCAGCUCCUCAUGGAAUAUUUUUAAAACCUUAUUUCUGUACAUUUAAAUGAAAAUUUAAAUGAUGUUGUGCAUAUUCACUAACUUCAGUUGUGACUAGAUGCUCCGAGCGAGGCACUGGGCUAUAAACCUGGCCCCAGCAUUUGGCAACGUGAAAUAAACACCUCAGGCGGUAGAUUACUAUAGGCAGCAGUGACAGCUCCUUGAUUGUUCUUCCUGAUACCCGCCUCCGCUCUGUCACGCAACGGUAAAUUAAUCAACGCAGAGUCUUUUUCAUAAACAGAAUAAAACUUUAUUGAAGAAAAUAAACUUGUUCAGAAACAGCAUAGUUAAAGAGCAUACACAGAGUGCUCAUAGCAGCUAUCUUAGUCUUCAGAGAGGCACAGAUCUUAGUUAUGGAUUAACUGGAGCCCUGGAGCCACUCUGGCUGCAACAACACACUCACAUACUGAGCUGAGACUGACUCAGAAGACAGACUGAGGCCCAGAGAGAUGGCUGGCUACAUUUUUAGGGAACCCAAAAUGAGUCACGAGUCACAGUGACAUGGCAGUUUACUGCUAACAGUUACAGUUAGCAGGCUUGAAAUGAUUGUGUAGUCUUCGUAGGCCGUGCCUAGGCCUUGCCUGCUUCUGCUCUCAAGAACCUUUGUCUCAUGACACACUCCACUUUGUUGGAGGACAGAGCUGUGUAUGCCACACAGCCUGAUGCUUCAGAUGCAGUGAAAGAAGUUGUCCCAUUUCUACUGUGGAAGCAAGAUUCAGCUGCCCCUCUGGCUGGCUUCUGUACAUGGAGUAGAGAAGGGGUGCUUUCUGGUCCUUCAUCUCACACAGCAAAAUGCUGUAGGCUGGCCCUGGCCAUAGACAGUGAUGGAACACAUGCUGUGGAUACAGAAGGCCACAGCAUCUCUAGGUAGGACUUUCCUGCCCGAAGCCCCAGAGAACAACUACUAGUCUGUGCAGAAGACAAUACCAGGCUAGAGGGACUAAGAGUCUGACUGAGUGUCAGCAACUCCUUAAUGCACCAGAUAUUGAUGAAACAAUUACUUAUACCCAUAUGCUAAUCACAGUGCAACAUAUACACAUACUUGGGAGUACAUAUGUAUAGGGUUCCACUGCCAAGCACUAUUUUUUCAUUAGGGGUUUGUGAGAGUAGGGCAUGCUAAAACCAGGGACCAAGCAGGUUACUUGGGAACCAUGCUUAAACCCAUGCUGAGUACCAUGAGUCCGAACAGCCAAACAGGAUUGGUAGAGAUGGGACAGCAGACACUGUACCUAAGUACUGCCAAGUUUUCACAAUAAUACUCACCUGCCUUACAGGGCUGUUAUAAGGGUUGUUUGGAUAAUUGCAUUGAAACGCUUUGAACUUUAAUAAAAGGAAAUAAAAUAUUAUUUAUUAGUAACUUGCAACUCUCUGCAGAGACAUACCUUUUCCUCUGCUUAUUACUCAAUAAAUAAAUAAUUAAAUGGUGGGGUGGGGAAGCAGAUAUCUAGAUCUCUUUCUUUGGCUUCUACAAACUGUGAACUGAAGUUUUCUCUUCUCCUCCUUUAUUAGCAACAGCAUAUGGAGCAAAGAAGAAUACAACCCAGAGCUAUGGCGUGACUAGCACUGGUGUGUCCACCUCAUCUACAACUGGUGAGUCUUCGUUUUCAUUUUGCAUUAUAUGGAAAACCAGUCUCUAUAUAACUGAUGGAAUGGUACCUUUUCUGCAAUCCAUAGUAUACACAUGUCUGCCAUGGAAUGGGGAGGUGGGGUUGUGUCACUAGUGAUAUCAUAGGCACUACUGAGGACAUGCUAGUGGCAAUUUUUUCAUGUAUAGAAAUGUUUUCUGGAUGCAGGGGAUUAGAAGGGACUCGGGCCUCAUACAGACUGACCACCCCCCGCAAACACACAACAAUAUAAAAAUACAUUAUAUUAGGGGAAAUUCCUUGCAAAAAUCGCAUAUCAAAAAAAGCCUAUUAGGAUAAAUAUGCACUAAAAUGCUGACAUUUUUUUUAAAAAAAUAAGAAUUGCAAACUGAUGUAGAAAUGUUGGGAACUAAACUGAACUCCAGAUAUCACAGGACUGAAAUUCCCAUCAGCCCCUACCAAUGUGUGUUGUUAUCCAGAUUGUCCACUAGAUGCAGCUGCUGCAUUUUGAAAAUAAGAAUAAAGGCCUAGUGCACUAAAGCACUUGGAGAACAGAUUAAUCUUCUCCCUAGUGCCUGUUUUGCAGCCAUUUUUCUCAAAGGGGAGCUGACUUGGAUUUACAUCAUGAAGUCUAAUUGCAAAACUGAUAUCAUUGUCCCUAAUUUAAAAUUUAUGCCAGACGGUCUUCACAGAAACAUUUCUUCAUAGUUUUGUUGGAUAAAUCAAAGGCAGCAGUUGCUUGCAUGACAAUUCCAUGAACCCAUUAUCACUAAAAAAGAACAUAUUUUAAUCAAGACAGCAGCAAACCCUGCUGUCACCCAUAUGGGAUUUAUUCCCUGUUCUCACCCAUAUAGACUUUUUCCACCCUGUGCUUUUGCUGAUGUUGGUGCUUUUGGUGCCUUUGCUAGCAUUGCCAAGGGUGUCAAAGCACAUAAUGCAAUAAGACAUUUACAAGUCUAGAUACUGAAAUUGACAUUAUACAGUCCAAAUACUGAAAAUGACAUUUUGAUAGUCCAAAUAUUUAAAUUUACAUUUGAGCCUACAGCAGAAAGGGCCAAAAGACCCUAGCAGAAAUAUACUUUGGAUACAUCCUUUUUGGACAGGAUGUUUACCUUUUUUUCUUUCUAGCAUGUUCCAGUGCCUUUAACAACUAUGGCAGGAAUUCAAUAGCUGGAGCUUUCCCCUGUUAUAUAUGUACUGAAAGUGUUAGCAAAAAUGUCUUUCUACCCAGCAUAAAUUCGUAACCCAAUUUGCAUUUUGUCUGAAUCCAACAUUUGUGGAAUUUUAAAUAACUGUCUGAAAAUGGGCAAAGCAGUCCUCUACUGCAGUUACACUGGGGCCAGGGAUAAGCUGCCGCUACACCGGCAGAACAACUGCCCUAUCCAACACGUGCUCAGUCCAGUAUAGAAAGAGAAAGCACUUGGGAAUAAAAAAUGUAAAUGCCUCAGAAAUGCAUCCUUGGCAACGCCAGCAUUGCCCACCAAUCCCAGGGCAUGGCAGAUGCUGUGCACUCACACCAGCCAGAGAACAGAGGGAGGCAUUCCAUGCCAGCUGAUCUGAGGGCAUGGCCAUAGUGCAGUGAUGCCACAGUGCCUCCAGCACAUGAGUUCAGCAGCACAAGAAGCAGCACACUGCUCCCAAGAGAACUUGGGUUCCCCUGCAAGAUGGGAUCUAUGCAUAUGUACAGCCUCAGAACUUGAUCAGUGGCCUCCUGGCAAUCACUUGACCAACCUUUUGCCUGUGGAGCAGGAGUUCUUCUCCUGGCAUUUAUGCCACUUAGCAUGGCCUGCCACCAAACUCUGUAGUCUGGCAGCCGACAGAUCUUCACUAAAAAAUUGCCCCUAAAUAUGGAAAUCCAAAUGUUCAGGUCCCCAAAAUAUAUGAUGAGGCUGGAACAGGGAAAUGGCAGAUUCCUGCCAACAGCUUGGAUAUUCAUAGAGCUAUUGUGCAAUAGUUGCAGGCUUUCAUUUACUUUUACCUUUUUCAAUGCCAUCCAGCUGCCACUACCACAGGCUCUCAGAAUGAUGACAUCCUGCGCAAGGACUGCAAGUUCCUGCUCCUAGAGAAAGAGAACGUGGCUCCCAAGAAAGAUGUGGAGCUGCUGAUCAUGACCAAGGACAGUGGAAAAGUUUUCAGUGCUUCUGGCACUGGGCUCAGUGGAGGUUUGUUUCCUGCCUCGUUCUCAUGUGUCACACCCAUUGGCGACUUUAGACUUAACUCAGACAUUACUUUGGUGGGGUAGAAGCUGCCUUCCUAUGGUCUAGUUUUAUACUACUCUAGUAAGGUCUAAAUGGGGAGACAGCAUAAUUCCUUCCCAUGCAAAUGUUAACUGACUCCCAGCUCCCAUGCUGUUUGUUUGUUUAUCAAGAAUCAUACACCACUGAAUAUUCAAAAACUAUAAGUAGUUUAUGUAAAACUCUUGUGGUAACAUAUGAACUGGUCCUACGAUGCAUGUAUGCAAGGUAUUUUUCAGGGGUUGGUUGUGCUACAUCUCAUUAGGUACCCAGUGACCAGCAUGUGGUGGCUCUUAGCCCAGCCGUCUGUGCUGCCAUUGAGAGCAUCUGUGGGAGCAGUGCAAGUUGCAUCUGCCAAAAGGUUCUCCCAGUCACUUCUGGUUUGCUUCUAAAGCCCCUGAUCUGAAGUGUGGAGAGCUCAUUUCCAGUCCCUGUGUAUUCACACAAUCAGUCGCUAUGUGGUUAUCCUGGGAGUAGUGGAGACAUAUUUUUGGUGGACAAUGUAAUCACCCCAUAAUAACUAAGUCAACAUGAAUGAGGAAGAAGAUUGUUCCAAAUGUACUGUCAGUUCAGACAUACCAGGUGUGAUACCUACUUUGAGAUACUUCUAAAUGUGUUUUGUUUGGGCUGUUUACAGGCUGUUAUUCAGAAGACACCCUAAAGAAAGACAAGCAGGCUUUCUCUUCCUCUUAUGCUGGAGAUUCCUAUCUGAAAUCAGAAACAAAUGGUAAACCUCUGAUUCUCUGCCUUGAAGUGGGAAUAAUAUUUUUCCAACAUAGCUAUAGAAAUAAAUGUGUGCGCUUGUAUACACUAACAUACAUGAAAAUUGUGUAGGUGGCUAUUGUACCAUGGAAUCACGUGUUGAGAACGGGAUGUAAUUUGUGGCUUCCUAGCACCUAUACAUGAUAAAACAAUGUUUUCCCCUCUAUACACAUGUGCUAGAAAGUGCCAUGUGCAGGAAAUAAUUGAGGUGUUGCUAUAGUCAUUCUGGAGGUGAAAAAAGUGCUUUAGGGUGAGUCGGGUUUUGGGAGGGGAAACAUUUUCUUUAAAGGUAUCUUUCUUGUGGUUGUGCAUGGGUGUUUGCAACUGUUGCUUUCUCUUUUUGCAUAUGCUUCUGCACCAUUAUUUUUAGGGUUUCUUAUCCUUUUUCAUUUUUAAAAAAUUCCUAUGUGGGUUGCAGAAACCUGUCUAAUACUUACCACCCUUAACGAUGAAAAUUGCAUAAUUGUGGCCCUAUUAUCUGAUCAGUGAAGCCACACUGCAACUGUUUUUCUCAUGAUCCUUGUUUGGAUUGGCAGCUGUCGCCCUGGGUUGAAUUUCAUUUAGAAAUAGUGUGGCUGCAUGUAGGAAGACAAUUUAGCAUUUGUUCUUGUUUUUCUAAUAGGAGGACUAAGAUCUAUUUCAACAAAGGACAAAGCUACUUAUGCAGGUGAGUGAGUGUGCCUUAGAAGGGAAGCAACGUUUUAUAGUGAUUAUAGCUUUAAAAUGUCACUAGGUAAAAUGCAGCCCCGCUAACAGCUGAUCUGCAGAGGCACAACAGAGCUACAACCCAAGCUCAAAUGUUCCUUAAUAUGCCAACUAAAGUCAAUGACACUCCAAUAGAAAUGUUCCAGUCUACUGGGGAUUGCAACUUGCAAUCACGACCCACCCGGGAGUUCUCCUGUCUAUGGCUCACAAGCGAACAGAAGCUGCACAAGAGCUCACUUAGUGUUUUCAUGUACUUUUACUGAGUCCAGAAUAUCAAUCCCAGAUGUCUCCCUUACUUCAGUUGCUAGAGAGUUUCCCCAGAGGAAGUGUAACGCUAUUUGAAAUCUUUUGUCAAGCUUUAAAAUCUUUCUUAGUCCCAUUGAUUUCGGCAGAGACUUAAACUGGGGACUGCUGGUUCAUUGCUUGUGAUUUUAAUCACUUCAUGACACAAACCCUCACCAAGUUUGGGAUGUUACAUUUAAAGAAAGAUAAAUAUAAUGGCUGUGUUCAGACAUCAUGAUGAACCAUAACUGAUCCAUGGUGGGAAUGAGCAGUAACCUCACACUACUUGGUGUGCCCUUUCCCUUUCAUAGCCACAAGGAGAAGUUUGGAAGCAUUUGCUUCCAUUUUAAAAAAUAACUACAGUGUGACACAUUGUUCAAGCCCCAAAAACUAUGGUUAAUCCUAACUAUGGCUUGUUUGAAAGAAGCCAUCUUCACACUACUGCAGUUUUGAAGCUGGCUUGUUUCAGAAACCCAAAGUUAAGUUUAGGUGGUAGCUAAAUGUGAUUAAUUAAAGCUGUACUAGGGGAGAAAGGAAUAGUGGGGAGUUCAUGAACCAAAGGGAGGGGGCUCAGCUCAUCCCAGUCAUUAUAUCAACCAUGGUUUGUCAUGAUUCCCAAAUGAAGCCAUUAUGGAGAGAACUUUAAAGAAUAUAUACAUAGUGUUGGAAAGUGCUAUGCAAUUUCUAUGUGAUGAAGGCUAGUUUAUAAAUUUGGUUAAUAAUCAUUAAAUGGAAGACAGUAAGUAAAAGAAUCUUGACAAACAUUUGUGUGGGACACCUUGGAACGUUUUCCUGCCUACACCUUUGUGGAGCCACACUCUCUUGUCUAACCUGCUUUUACUGUUAUGUCUCUGCUCACUAUAGAAAUCCGAGGUGAUGAUGGAUGUGGUGGAGCAGGAGCUGCUCCAGCCUGGUGCCCCUGUGCCUCCUGUUGCAGCUGGUGGAAGUGGCUCUUAGGCUUGCUGCUAGCCUGGCUGCUUCUCCUUGGUCUACUCUUUGGGCUUAUUGCUCUGGGUAAGUUAUUACAAGUGAACAGGAGAAGUGAUGGGUUGCAGCUAAGGAAGGGGAUGGCUUAGUAACAACACAAGAGGAGACCAACGGGAUCAGGCUAAAGGCCAAUCUAAUCCAGCAUCCUGUAGUCACAGUGGCCAACCAGGUGCCUAUGGGAAGUCUGCAAGAAGCCCACAAGUAGUACUCUGUACCAGUUACUACUGAGCAAUCAAAACAAACAUGGGGAGGAAAGUUCAGCCAUUGAUUAUGAUGAGAGCAUGGUCUUAAAUUAUUUAGGACUGGGUUGAAGGGAUCUAGUUCUCUGUGAAGAACUUGGGAAGCCCAAGUACCAUUCUGUUUUUCUCCCCAUGAGCAAUGCAGGAAGGACGCCUUCACUGAAAAGGAACAAUUCAACUUAAUUACAUAUUUUGACUUUGGUUAGAGAACUGACCAAUCUGAGUUGAUUGGCCAGUCAUAUGAUGAUACAGAAUUUCCUAGGUAAAAUGCUCUGGGUAUGUAUAACUAACAUGGGGCUUGAACCCACAUCCCUGAGAUUAAGAGUCUCAUGCUCUACCAGCUGAUAUAUAUAUCACACAUACAUCCUCCUCUGAGAAUCCACUGUUCACUCCUUUGGAAGAAGUCUCUAUCAGAAUUGUUAAAUUUCCCACAAUUCAAGAAGGUUUUCUGUUGCAUUCUCCCUACCCCUAGGCAUUUUAUAUUCAGUAAAUUCCCCACAUUCAUAACUAUUUGUGAUUAUUAUGGAGCGGUCACACAAAACCUCACUUUCAAUACUGUUUGUAUCUGCAAAAACAUGGGGGCAGUCACAUUGCUUCACUUCCAGUCAGUGCAUAUCUCAAAUUUCCUGGUGAAACCCUAUAACUUUUUCUAUCACAAAUGGUCUGGGUUUGUUGUUUUUGGUCUGUUUUUGUUGUUCUAUAGUUCCUCUGGAUAGUGCUAAUAUAGUAGCGUUGGGGACACUUCACAGUGCAAGUAAAAGCAGAAUAAAUCCACCAGUAAUGUACCAUUUUUGAAUAAAGAACAUGUUGAAGAACACACCUGCGAUAAAACAGCAGUCUGGAGGAACCCUAAGUUUCAUCUCAGUUCUGGAAAAGCGGAAUGGAGGCACAGAGCGGGGACUAAAGUUGUAUUCACACAUGCAAAUAGUAAAACCAAUGGUCAUUUAAUUAUUUGUUUUAACCUAUCUUUCAGCGGAAGAAGUGAAGAAGCUGAGAUCCCGGGUGGAGAUCCUUGAAUCCCAAGCCAGCCGCUGGCAGGUUCAACCCAACACAGUUGAAAAUGUACAUGCUGUACAUUCUGAGAGAUAUAAAGCAGUACAGGGUGAUAUUAGUGACGAUCAGUUGUGGUUUUUAAUGAAGAAGAGGCUGGAUGUGGAACGAAGCAAAGGUGAGGAGCCCACAAAAUUCCACAAGGAUAGAAAAAGAAGCAAUGUAUUUGCCAGAAAAUGUGUAGUGUUCUUUAGCUACACUCCUAAAUUUCCUAUAACGCAAUUAAACUGGAGGGAAAGAAUGGAGCAUAAUUGAAUUAUGUGGACUUUGAGGUCAGUCCAAACCAAUCUGUAUAUUUGUAUAAAGCAAAAGACAAAACUAAACUCAAAUUAAAGACUAACACUUUUUUCUGGUCUAAGUUUUAAUGAAUGAAGUGUAAUUCUGGAGGUUAUCUGGAAUAAUGCCAUACCCAGAUGUCCAGAGGGUGGAGCAUUCAUUCCUUUCCUCCAGUACUGAGGAUCCUUAUAUUUGAGAAAGCUGCUGUAUCAAGCGAAAUGAUGCUGGGAAAAUUAGGAGCAAAUUCGUCUGCCAUUGGCACACCUCCAGGAUGCCAUGUUUACUCCCUGGCUUUAAACAUUCUAAGAGAUUUCAAACUGGAUGACACUAUGCAGCCUAAUUUUGUGAUAAUGGGCAAGUAGUCUAAAGAAGAUCCAUAGCCAACUGAAAGGGUUCCAGGACAAAAUGCAUCUGGUUUCCAAACUGCACAUACAUUCCACUUAAUUGCACUGCCUUUCUGUUGUUAUAUUAAGCCAGAAGUAGUUUUGGGUCAUUUGCACAACAGAAAUAUGACUACCAUUUUGUUUCCUUUGCAGGUUAUUUCCAAGGAGAACCAGGACAGAAAGGUACCCGUGUGCUGCAUCUCUGUUUUGAUAUGUAUUAGGGAUCUCUCUUCGUUUCAGCAAUGCAUGUCAUAGAAAUGAACAAGUGUUUAGGAUGGGUUUCGUCUCCCCCGAUAAUUAUGAUUCUCAACCCAGAAUGGCGUUCUAUGAGAAAGUUGAAGUACUACCUUUCUUGUGAUUCUCCAUGGGAAGCCAUGCUAGAUAAACCACUUUCAAACCAGUUUCAAACUGGUUUAAAUGGCUUGCAUACAACACUACGUAAGCAAUGUUCUACUAGUGCAAUGGGACGUCCCCUUCCCUUCCUCUCCCUGUGCUCCGCACAAAAUCUGCUCCAGAGAAUCCCCCGACCUCGAGCAGAUUUUGAGGGUGCUCAUUUUUAAGGGGCUGCAGGGGAGAGGGGAGGGGGGGGGAGUUUUGUUGCGCUAGGGGAAGUCUGCUGCAUGAGAUGAAUGGCAGCAUUAGACACAAGCCAAUUUGUUUAAAAUUUAGAGAAUUCACAGGAAAAAAUUAUUCCAAAGAAAUACAGAGAAAGGUGUAAGGAGUAAACUGGUUCAGCUGAGCUGAAGAGCUGAUUGACCUAGAGAUGGCCUUGACACUGUCUUUUAUGAUCUCCCAGAACUACCCCAAUGUGUGACUGUAAUUAGAGAGAGGUUGAUAAAAUGAGCAAAGCCUUAUUUUGAUCCCACAACUAAUGCAUUUCUGUCCCUUUUGUUCUGUCUUAGGCGAUAUGGGCACCCCAGGUGAGUUUACGAUUCUCAGUUCCUGUGUGCUAUGACAACUUAUUUGGAGUAACUUUUCUUUGUGUGUGAGCAUGUGUGUGCAAUGGAGCUUCCAUGACCACUAGGAAUCAGGACAAUAAACCUGUACGGGUGCUCUAAUUAUGCCAUCAUUAUGUGAAAUGGGGGCGGGAAUCAAUAGUCUAAGUGCUGAAUUGUUUAGCGUCUGAUAUCAAGCAACAAUCGUUGUUAAGGAAGAGAUUAGCAUUGGGCACACAUGCCUAACAAUUGUGGUACUAGCUGAGAUGUAAAGAGUUCAGAAAUUCUUAUAUUAUUGGAGUGCUAGUUAUAUAUAAGUGCACUGAAAAAGAGAAGAGAAAUUUGGAUUUUGCAGGUAGGGUGCUUAAAAUUAGUGGGGAGGAGAAUAUGAGCUGUUACCACAGAACACCUUGUUCAUUUUCUCUGCUUCCCACUGUGAUCAGUUGCUGCACCCGUAUUAUGCAACUUGAUCUGUUUUGUCAAGUCUGAACAUCACAAGCACAAUGAGAGGUACCUUCAAGUUGACUUGCAGCAAUUUGCAGUAAGGCACUUAGAUUGCCUUUGUAUUAGAUGAUACUCAUUGGAAGACGAGAUGGAAAAAAAGAGCAAUUACUGACAGAUUCCUUCACUAAGGACAGAUUGGUCUCUGCAGGGGAGUAGGCAGAACUGUAGAACUCAAAUACUGAAAAUUUAAUAUAUGAUACUAGACUUCAUUUUAAAUCAAAUCUGGGAGUGGUUUGCCAUAGUAGAACUCAGUGUUUGAUCCCCACAUUCUUAUUUUUUUAAACUUGCCCUUAAACUGAUGCUGUUUCAGACCAACUCUUCUGGUUAUUGCCACAGUUCAUUGAAAAUGUUAAAUUUGAAGCAACAAUCAAAACUUGAAUUCAGAUAUUAAUGCUGAUUUCAUUUCAGCUUCUCUACAUUUCCCUGCAUGUCACAAAGUAGCAGUGCAUAGCUCUUUUUAAUAUCAUUUGUUUCGUUUUCUAAAAAGAAAAAUAAUGUCGUUUUAACAGGUAUUCCUGGCAUCCCUGGGCGUGAAGGGCCAAAAGGACAGAAAGGCAGCAUGGGUAAGCAGAUCAAAGAAUAAUGAGCAAUUUGAGUCAGAGUGCAAGCCAGAAUGCAGGGCCAGAAACGCUAGAUCUCAGGUAGACCUUGUUGCUCAAGCAAAGCUUCAACUGUGACAGGAAGCCCUCUUAUACAUCCAGCCCAGGAGGAGCCAAUGGCCAAGUCAGUCUGGAAGGUUCUUUCCCGAGAAGUCAGUGACACUGCUUGCCUUAUUAGGUAGCAUCCAGCAGUUCCUGAUAUUUUCCUGAGAAGCUGCAGAGAAAUGGCUCAGCGGGAAGCAGCUACUGACACAGGGGAAUUUUUUAGCUCAACUGAGUAGAAUGUGGCAUAUGUUGGGACCUGGAUUCUAAGGUACUGGUUCUCCUCAGGUGAAACCGGCAUGGAGGGUCCCAUGGGACAAAGAGGGCGAGAGGGACCUCCUGGACCUCGUGGAGAGCCUGGUGCCCCUGGAUUUGGACAGAAAGGUGACAGAGGUAAAGAAUACUUUUGUGUCUUGCUUUCCCACCUACCAUUGUUGAUCACUUCAAUGAAUAUUACAAAAUUAUUGUGGGAAGGGAGGCCCUCAUAAUAGAUGUUUUUCUUAUGACAGUGGCUUUCAAACUUCUGCUUUCAAGCUACACUUGCUACUUCAGCUUGUCUACCAAAGAAUGUCUGACAGGAAAUCCUGUGUAUUGCAAAGGAUGUGAUACUUGGCAAUGACUAGGACUUUUGGAGCUCUGUUGCCCCACACCAACCCCAAAACACACUUGACACCCCUGUGUCUACUAUAUAUUGCUGGGGAAGUUCUGUAGUAAUGGUCAAGUUGCCUUUCAGGAGAACUUACCCAGAUAAAAUUCCUAGGAAUCUCAUGGUUUGAAAAACACUGCCUUAAUAUUGUGCAUGGGUAUGACAAUAACUGUGUCAUAAGCUAUGCUUGGAUAGUUUCAACAGUUGCAUAAAAUGGCAGCAAUACUGUUGUGGAAAAGGCAGUAACAGUCUGGUAUUUUUCCGAAUGACAUAAAUGUAAGAAAGGUUGGGCUGAGAGAUGAGUUUGUUUCCCAGUAAUGUACUGUCUAUUGUACUUUAAUUACUCAUUAAUCAGCGAUACAAACAGGGCUGGGGACCACAACUGCAUGCCCCUCAGAUGCCAAGUAAAUGGGGCUACCAGCCCUUAGUCAUUCAUAUGAGUAAUGGGAUACAAUGAAACUACAAUGGGAGUUUGUUUUGUGGCAGGGAAAACAAUACCUUCUCUGUGUCCAUAGAACUCUGGUUCCUACAGAAUGUGUCUCUCUGCUCAUGGUGUUGAGGGGUGAGGUGACGAAAGAGAGGCUUGGAAAACACUACUCAGCUGCUGUCCCCCAAACACUACCUAACUGUAACCUUAUAUUCUGAAUGGGGUCACCUGACUACCUCAUAGACCAUGUAAGCAACCCCACCAACCACAUCGGCAUCAACAGGGUCAGGAAGAGAAGCAUCUUCCUGCUAAGGCUGAACACAAUAACAAACGUCAGUGCUGUGUAGUUGGUCUUCUUGGUUCAGGGCCAUGCAACCAAGGAGAAACGUGACAGAAAGAAAUAGGCUUCAGUAGGUUACUUAAUGGAUUUCUCUCACAUUUUACUCUGCAGGUACUCCUGGCGAACCAGGACCUCAAGGUCCCCCCGGAGCCCCAGGUUCUGUUGGUCUCAAAGGUAAAUUUAGUCCCUAGCAAGGAAAAACAACAAAUAAAAAACACACAAAUAAAAAAGCUCAACAGUUAUCUAUGAAGGAGACAUGAGUUGCAGCAGUGAGGCUGAACGCAUUAAUAGUACUUUGCUUUUUUACCCCUUGGCUUUAUUGUGAUGAAGGAAAUAUUUGAGGCUAUUCAGAAUAAACUGGGUGUAUAUUUUAGAAUACAAUGGAGUAGUUCUUAGUUAUCCUCUGUUGUUGUAUUUACAUACACAAAUUCUCUGUAUGGUCAUUGAUGUGUUUUUAAAAGAAAUCUAUUUUUAUCCUAGACCGUAGUGUAGGCUAAGGGUACUUCUAGAUGCAUCUAAUAUUGAAAACAGGUUGUUCAGAUGUUGCAAACAUGCUGUUGGCAACUGGUUUCUUUACCUAUAAAUGGUAAAUCCAGAUUAAAUGGGGGGAAAUACAGGCCGGCAUUUUUCAUGCCAACCAUGGUGUCUUGGUGCUACAAAAAGUUGCGUUCAUGAGAUUGCAAAUGUAUUAUUUGUUCAUCUUUAAAUCACAUAAUUCCUGAGCAGUUGCAAUGUUUCCUUUUCUAGGUAUGAUGGGUUCACCAGGUCCCCAUGGUCCUCCUGGUAAGUAUCAUAUUCUCAUUAUGUAGUUGUAAAAUAUAGUAAACCCAGGUACUGUAACUGGCAGCAUCUGGUAUAUUGCUUCUCCUGGCUGAAAAGUAGUAAAACUAUACAAAAGAAAAAAGAAAAGAGAGAGCUACAAAUAAAAUAUGUCAUCCACUCAAUUUUCUGCUUUUCAGAAACUUCAUAUAUUAUGUGCUUGACCCUUAUUGAUUUUACUUUUCUUUUUAGGUCCUCCUGGGCUUCAAGGAUUUAGAGGUGAAGCUGGUAUCCCAGGUGGUAAAGGUAUGAAUAAGUGCCCAGAGCCCAACUUAUCUGUUUCAAAUUAUAGGAGAGAAAAUAAUAUAUGGUUCUUUUCUGCCACUAUCUAGUUGAAUCCCUACCCCAAGGAGGACGUGGGAGCACCUCUUGACUGAAAUUAAAUAAUAAAAUGAAAAAUAUAAGUAAUUUAAAUGGUGAGGGUAACAGUUUUAAAAAGUGGGUGCAUGCAUGUGUUCAUGGAAAAAUAAAGAAGAGAAAGAGAGAGUGCCAUGUUCAAAAUUGUGUGUAUUUUUUAAUUUGCUAGUGAAUUGACAUGUGUUGGUAAAAGGCCUUUGGAUAUCAUUUGGAUAUCAUUGGGAAAAGGCCUUUGGAUAUCAUUUAUUUAUUUACCCCUCUCUUUACCUAAAAAAGCUCCCAGAGUGGAUUUCAUAAAAUGAAUAAAGACAAGGCGGUCUAAUCCAGUUUACAUUGAGCAUUAAAGAUAUUUGGGGUGUGUAGAAUCCUCCCUUAGGUGUUUGACAGAUGUCCUACCUUAACUGUUCCUUUCAGUCCAAUAUGGAUGAAUGAUUUUACUAUCCAAUCUUUUUGCCCCAAUUCCAUUGUCUCUGUGUGUUUUUAGGUGAAAGAGGAACCCCAGGAGCACCUGGAACCAAAGGUAUGCUGGAUAAUAAUAUGUGAUUCCUCAAUAGCUAUCAGACUCCUAUUUCCCCAGUCACUGGGGUGUUCCUUAUAUGUUUGCCAUUAAUAUGUUUUUUGCUUUGAUGGGGAAGUUUCAGUGUGAAUUAAUUGCAUAAUAUCAACUUUUCUUUUUGUGUUUUCCUUUUAGGAGAUCAAGGGGAAAAAGGACCCCGUGGUCUUACAGGUAUGUAGUAAAUUAUCAAGGAUUUUGAAAGGACAACACAUGAGCAUCCAUGCUUGCCCAUGAUGACUAAGAGGUGUGCCUGGAAGGUUGUCAUCCUUGAGGACAGGCAGGAAGUGAAGGGCUUUUCCCUAGUUCUAAGGAGAACCAUGGGCUCCCUCCAUUCAAAAGGUAGAAAACCUGAAAGAUCAGGAAGGUUUUUUCUGGGAGCAUCAGCGAUGAAGCAGUUCAGACUGGGAGCUUAUGACAGGAACUAAGACUUGGCCACUGGCUCUCACCCAGGUCUUGAUGCUCUGAUGUGAUCUCAAGAGAAGCACCUGCAAGAAUUGCAUGUUGUAUUUUAAUCUGAUAUUGAAGAUGGUUACAUAGUUCACCUCUUUGGUUCUUAUACCAGCAGCAACCCAUUAAAGCAGAACGGUGCACAUCAUUCUAAGCCAUUCCUGUUUGAUUUGCAGGUGAACCAGGUUCCCGAGGACUACCUGGGCCUCCAGGUGAAGCAGGAGCUAAAGGAUCAGUAGGUGAGUGAAAAUAUAUAAUAUUGACCUUUCUGGAAGAUAAUCUACUUCAAACCACUGUCUCUAGGACUCUUGGAUCAUAAGAUUCAGAAUAAAAGUCAAUCUGAGGGACUGAAAUUUAGCUGCCUUCAAAAGACAGAAAGCAUUUUUUUUUAACGCAGUUCAGUGUAGGGUCCCUUCCAACUCUACAAUUCCGUGAUUCUAUGUUCCUCGCUGUUGGGGGAUGCAAGAGGUGUGACUGGCAUAUGUGCAUGUUUUAAGUCAUGUGUGAAUGAUCUCUUUGUGCCACUUAGUGAAGGCUAGUAUGGAUAUGAACAUGUAUUCCGGUCUUCUGUACACUUGAUCAUUGAUAAGAUUAUAUUGGCCCAGUUCACAUGCCACAGUAAACCAUGGUUUAUUUGAAUGAGCAGUGUGCUGUUGUAUGCUGUUCAAAAGUUAUCUUGGUGCUGCUCCCCUGCUCUUGCUGCUGCUGCUGCUGCUGCUGCUGCUGCAUUGGAUUGAAACAAGCCAGAGUCUAGUUUGUCAUGCAGUCUGAAUCUAGGUUUGUGGUUUGUUUUCCUCAAACAAAUCCUAAGUAGUAAUUCAAUAACCAACUGUGGCUACCACUUGCGGGGUUCUGGCUUGAUUUAUUCACAGUGAAGCGGCAGUAGAAAUUUGGGGUGAGUGCCAUGGGCACUUUUAAGCACUGUGCACCAGCACAAUACCUGUUCACUUAUGUACUAUGUAUUUUUGAAAGUUGUGCAUCUGUUCAUUAUGCAGUUGAACACUUCUUAAGAUAUUAUAGUGAAAUUUUGCAUGAUCAUUCCUGAGGUCAAGGAGCAGGUUUUCUUCUAUGUUUGGAUAUAAUUGGAUGCCAUUUUGAAUCAAGGUGGUAGGCUGAAACUUUAAAAAUGGCAGUGAUUUUCAGAUUUCAUACAAUUCCUGAACAUUGCGAGGAAUGCAGCUACUAGUAUAUGAUGUACAUUCAGCCAAAUGUACUUGAACUUUAAACAAUUAGCUAUCUUCCUCUGUAUGGCUUUGUGUUAAGUAACAAAUAUAUAUGAUUCUAUGAUAUAACUAACCAACUCUUUUGUCUGUAUAGGUCCACCAGGACCAGAUGGACGGCAAGGCUCCAGAGGUAGAUGGUUGCUUUCUUUUUCUUUUAAUUAUAGAGAAGAACGUGAAAAAAAUAACACCAAAUGGGUCUGGACAUAGAUUUACAAUGUUCUACCACCAUAAUUUUUUAUGACGGUAGUAUAUCUUGCAUAGCAAGAACUUCUACCAAAUCCCAUGGCACUUAGCUUGCAGAUCUCGAAUAUAGCAUUGCACACUUGGUUGGUUAUAGUUUUGUUUUUAUCAGUGUAUCACCUUAAUGUUUCAUAGCAAGCAAUUCAGAAAUAAAAUGAGUAAACAAAUGAAAUAAUAGUACAGUUCCAUUGGUCUGAGUAGCUCUGAAUUUCAGUGAACAUUGCUGUUGCAUAAAAUGAAAAUACUAAUUCUCCAAACAUCUUCAUUAUUUCCUAGGAGAGCAAGGUCUUAUGGGAUUGCCAGGCCCACGAGGCCCACCAGGACCUCCUGGAGAUGCAGGGCAACCAGGUAAUAAAAGUCAAACCAAACACAUUUAUUGGUUGUUAAGCAAAUGAACAGCCUCUGGCAGGUGUUCUUGUUUUCAUGUGGAGACUGCCCUUUGCCACUGAAACGUUCUCUUCAAAUUGAGGAGCAGAGGUGGAACACCAGGACUUAGCCUUAGCCUUGAAGGAACAUCAGGUUCCCCAUAGGAAGAGGAGCAGGGAGGCAAAAAAGAUUGAGAAGGGGAAAGCAAGUAGCUUGGUUCCCAUGAGGGAAAGUGAAAAUCCUGGAGGUAGUUUUGGGAUAGGAGGAUAAUCUUAAUUCAUUCGUAUAUUCAUUUUGCCCAAAGUCAUCAUUCACUGAGGAGACUGUUUGCAAGCUGGUUCAUAUUCAGCAUAGAGACUUAGGAAAGGGAACUGUACCAUUAUGGUGGCAGAAAAGAGGGGGGGAUGUGUAAAGAACUUCUAUAUCAGCAAAAUGAAAAAGAAUGCCAUUGCAGGUACUGAGGCUAAAAAUGACAAACACAUGAAGGAAGAGUUAAGCAAGUAGGUGCAAAAAAGGCAAGGGCUGAUCACAGAUGUACUGAAAAGGACUAGGCAGCAGUGGCUUCCAUUUGGGAUGCUGUUGAAUCACCUGAAAAGGACAGGUUCUUACUUGCUGAAACUAAAGACCAUGGUUGUAAAUUCUGAACCUCUUCAAAUGUUUGCUAUUGUUUUCCUAGGUCUCACAGGACUUCAAGGACCACCAGGUAAAUACACUGUGUAUGGAAAGAGAUCAGCAUUAAGUACCUACUAAACACUGAAAAGGGACGUAGGUGGCGCUUAGGGACGCGGGUGGCGCUGUGGGUAAAACCUCAGCGCCUAGGACUUGCCAAUCGUCAGGUCGGUGGUUCGAAUCCCCGCGGCGGGGUGCGCUCCUGUCGUUCAGUCCCAGCGCCUGCCAACCUAGCAGUUCAAAAGCACCCCCGGGUGCAAGUAGAUAAAUAGGGACCGCUUACUAGCGGGAAGGUAAACGGCGUUUCCGUGUGCUGCGCUGGCUCGCCAGAUGCAGCUUGUCACGCUGGCCACGUGAUCCGGAAGUGUCUUUGGACAGCGCUGGCCCCUGGCCUCUUAAGUGAGGGGUACCUUUACCUUUUUAAACACUGAAAAAUGCUGAAUUUGGUGCAGCAGAUAAUGAAGGUUCAUUUUAGUGGGAAACAAUAACAGCUUAAUGCACAGUUGUCAUUUACAGUGUGGCAGAUGUAACCACAUGGAGAACUGGUCUCCUGUCAUACCUGGCUAUGGAAAUUUAGAUAAGUGGUGAGCCUGGUAAUUCUGGGAUUACCACAUAAUUAGAGGUUACCUGUUGCAUGUUAUCUUAAUUGGAUCUUCUUUAGUUGUACAUUGCCUUGUGAGGGCUAUGCCCUAAAAGCAGAAUAUAAAUGGCAUUAACAUGCAAGCAAGCAACUGCAUCUCAUAGAAUUGCAGAGUUGGAAGGGAUCCUGAGGAUCAUCUAGUCCAACAUACUGCAAUGCAGGAAUCUCAACUAGAUUUACAGAUAGCCUUCCAACCUCUGCUUAAAAACCUCCAAGGAAAGAUAGUAGGACUGUGUUCCACUGUGGAACAGCUCUUCCUGUUAGAAAGUUCUUCCUGAGGUUUAGUCAGAAUCUUCUUUCUUGUAACUUGAUCCAAAUGGUUUGGGUCCUAGCCUGUGGAGCAGGAGAAAACAAGCUUGCUCCAGCCUCCAUAUGACAGGCCUUUCAAUAUUUGAAGAUGGCUAUCAUAUCUCCUCUCAUUCUCCUAAACAUACCCAAUCCCCUCAGCCGUUCCUCAUAAGGCUUGGUUUUCAGACCCUUUAUCAUCUUGGUCACCCUUUUCUGCACACAUUACAGCUUGUCAAUAUCCUUAUUGAAUUGUGGUGCCCUAUGGUUACCUGGCAUGCUCUGGUCCAUGGGGUCACGAAGAGUCGGACAUGACUAAACGACUAAACAACAACAAAUGGUUACAUCUACCAAGUGGUGCAUUCCAAAUGAUCCAUUCAAAAUAUCUGAGAAUGGGGGUAUAGAUUGCACUCCAGGUACUGGGGGACUGAUAUGGAUGGACAGAAAGGUGUUUGCAUGUUUAUGAAAGAAUCUGCGUCCUUUGAAAACAAAUGAAAAUGAAACAAAAGCAGGCUGCCUUUUGCAAUAUCUGGGAAGGGUAUGUGUGAGAGAGAUAUGCCUUGCAAUGAAGGAACUUUGAAUACACGAUUCUUUAUGGUCCAGUAUUAUAGCAUUCUCACACACACUGUGAUGUACGGUAUUUUGUAUACUGAAUUUUCAUUUUUAACUCUCUGCAGGACUCACAGGCAAUCCAGGCCGCCCAGGAGCUAAAGGUGAGUAGAGAUGAAUAUUGGAUGUGCAUGUUUUCAGUAGAAAAUGCUCUUGUUCAUACAUUCAGACCAGGGCAACACUGCACUAGCCAGGCUAUUUAGUCCCUCAGAUUGUCUAAGAACCCCUCUGCUGCACAGUUAGCCUGCACACUGGACUUUGCCCUUUGUGACUACCUGUCUUAAGCAUGCAGAGGCUCCUGUUUGUGCGAUUCCCUGUUCCUCAAAACAAAAGCAGGUGGAAAAUCAUUCUGUUAAGGACCUUAGGUGUUCUGGUGUUAAUGUGGAGGCCUCUAUUACCUGCCCAAACAGAGGGACUCAUGCCCUUUCUCAUCAUACUACUAUUACAGAUCUAUGCAGCUUGAAUAUAUGAACCAGGAAAAGGUGAGGAGUAGAAGCAAAGAAUUGCCCCUACUCUGCUGUCAGCUACAAAAGUCUCACAACCUCUGGCUUUGGAUAGGGAUGAUGAGAAAUAUGGAGUACUACUGGUUGCUCACAGGGCCUUUUCUAGGGUUGCAUAUUUCAAAAAGUGAAAAUCCGGACACAAAAACACAAAAGUUGUUGACCCAAACAUCAACAAUGCACCCAAGUUUUCCCAGACAUUUUAAACAAUUUUCGGGAAUUCCGCCAGGAUGCUAUUUCCGAAGGGCAAAUCCUGGCUAUGUCUGGGAAAUUUUGGACAUAAGGCAGCCCUGUCUUUUCUGAUAACAGAUGCAUACACUUAAUUCUGACAAUCAUUUGGGGCAAUUGCCAUUAGAGCCACUUUUGUGCCCUUAUACCAGCAAUUCCCAAUCUUACUAUAAUAAUCAUCAUUUUGGCAAAGUAUUUAAUGGCACAGAUAUAUCAUGGGUCAUAAACUUGUUAUCCUUGAAGCCCUGGUAACAUCUUUCCCUUUCCUUUCCUGUUUCCUCAGGUGAACCAGGCGCACCAGGCCGGGUUACUACUUCAGGUAUGUAUCACUGCUGUAGCAGGAAAACUCCCAUGCCUGAUAAUUGUCAUACUGCCAUGGUGCCAUAAUCUUUCCUCACAAAGUGAUUUGUGGAACUUUUUGCUGUUUCAGAUGGUGCAUCAACUAUUUCUGUCCCAGGACCUCCAGGUCCACCAGGGGCUGUUGGUCCUCAAGGCCCACCAGGUGUUCCAGGUGAGAACCUUUUUUAAUUCCUUGCCCUUUUUAUUUGCUUUAUUCUUAAUAUUUCUCCAUAUGUAAGGAUGAGGGAGAAAUCUGUUCGGUUCACAUUUAAAGCUGAAUUUUUCAAAUACGCGCUUUCCCAAACAAUAUGAGAACCGAAACAUAGCCAUCCUUUGAAAUUUUGUGAUGCAGUUCUUCAACCACCUAAUGUUCACAAAAUGCAUAUAUUUUUAAAAGGUUUGCAUAACAACCAAUAUAUUCAUGAAAAUACCUAACAUAAAACAUGUUAUAUGAGGAUAAAUUGCUUGCAAAAAUGUUUAUGUUAGUCAAAACGGCAAAUUUGUUUGUUAGGAGUAAUCUGCACUAAACUGCUGAAGAAUUAUGAGAAUUUUUUUUUUAAAUUCUCAAACUGCUGCAGAAAUGUUGAGAACCAAAUUUUGAAUAGAUAAAUGAAAAACAGAAAGAACUGAAAUUUACAGAUCUUUCUGCUUUCAUUGCAGUAAUUCCUCUCAAUAUGGACCUUUACAGCUGUCUGCAAAGACUUGCUCCCUACUUGUCUCUCAUUAUCUGGCCAAUGUUGUGUUGAAAAGCUGGUGAUGGGACUGGAUUUCUGGCUGAUGCUUAUAACUUGAGAACCUCUUGUAGAGGAAACACACACACACAAAUACUAUUAUGUAUUAGCAUUCCUUUUGCCUUGGUGAUGUAUGGUUUUGCCACUGCUUAGUGCUAUUUCUUGCGCUGUAGCUUAAAAAAACACAUGGAAUUGGAAUACAACAGUUUUCACCCGAUAGCAUCCACAUUUGUGUGAAGUGAUCCCCAAACUUAUCCACCAACUGGAAUCUAUCCCUUUCUAGAGAAGAGUACACUCCUUUCUUUCUCAAACUAGCAUACCUGCUGUAGCUGGAAUUGCCUACCAGGACCUUUUCAUUUAAGUACCUUCUGUUUUCUCUACUCAAUGAAACAGAGAAUGCUCACAGAGUGCAAAAGGGUGUUUUGGUGGGAAGUACAAAGAGAAUAGGACAAUGGGAGAAAUUACUUGUUUCAAAGCUAUCACCCACUUGACAGUUGUGUACCAUGCCAAUGGCUAUCAAAAUCUGUUUAAAUUUUAACUCAGCCUUUCAGGCAGUUAUAUUAUUUGUAAGUUUCUGCUCCAUUUCUCAAGAGGAGCUUCAUCCACUAAGGUUGCUUUAUCCACUAAGGUGAUCUAACUUCCCCCCUCUUUCCCCCUAAGGUCCUAUUGGCCCAGCUGGACUUCCUGGAUCUCAAGGUAAUACAUUCAGUGCAACUGCAUCUUUGGAUUCCUUCCUUUGUUUUCCAGUCCCUGUCAUCGCCCCUUAUGAUGUGUUUUUCCCUGUGCUCCACUUUAGCUCAUCUUCUUUCAGCCUCUUCUGAAAGUUUCAGGGAGGUCACCUCCCUGAAACUCUGCAAAGCACCUCCUCCCUGAAACUCUGCUUUUCUCCAUAGUCUUUCUGCCCCAGCCUAGCCUUGUUCCCCCCCCCGCCCCCCGCUACACACGUUGCUACUUCCUCCCAUCCUUAUUACUUGUCUAUCAAGCUGUGUUUCCUUCUUUCACACUGUAAACCCUUUGGGCAGGGAUGUAAUUGCUUUUGUUCGACAACCAGCUUCCAUAAGCUUUCCUGCUAAUUUCUGUCUUGCUGACAUCUGUGGUGCGCUUGGUGGAGAUGUGGGGGAGAGCCUUCUCCAGGGCCAGGUCUGAGCUUUGAAACACCCGGCCCAGAGAGGUCUGCUUCACCCACUUGCUGAUGUUUUUUCACUAUUUUGUGAAGAUCUUUAUUUUCUGACAGGCGCUUGGCCUGCUGAGCUGAUGAUUGUUUUAUUGACUCUAUAGAAAAAGAGAUGGUUGGGUUUUUUUGUUACCUUUUUUUGCCCCUCCAUUCUUUUCUGUUUGCUAGGCUUUACUGUUUUAAUAUUUGCUGUAAGUUUCAGAGAAAGGGGUGGAUGAAUGAAAAUAAGUACAGUGUAGAUGGCAAAUGAUACAUUUCCAGACACAGCGUAUCAAUGACCUACAAGCCAUGUACAGUGGUACCUCAGGUUACAUAUGCUUCAGGUUACAUACGCUUCAGGUUACAGACUCCACUAACCCAGAAAUAUUACCUCAGGUUAAGAACUUUGCUUCAGGAAGAGAACAGAAAGCGUGCUCUGGCAGCGGGAGGCCCCAUUAGCUAAAGUGGUGCUUCAGGUUAAGAACAGUUUCAGGUUAAGUAUGGACCUACGGAACGAAUUAAGUACUUAACCCGAGGUACCACUGUAUAGGAUCCUUUCCUCUGCGUAGAGUAGACUGGAAGAUUAACAACAUUAGCUCAAGUAGUACAAUCCAAAAACAAGUCUUGUGCAAUCUCUUACUUUCUUUUUUUUCUCUUUUUUUGGUACUACCUCCAAAAUUUUUGGUUUAGUUUGUGUGGUGAGGAAAAUUGAUUAUCUAAGGACUUUGUCAUGUAAUACAAAUUACAGAUCUCCUACAUUCAAGAAACUAAAGCCAAGGUGAUGAUAACACUAUGGGUAUAUGUUGGUGCAUAUACACGACCAAUAUAUGUGGGUGGGUGUUAUGCUGUUUCCUACAAGGAAUCAUUUUCCAUGCAGGAGUCCUAUAGCACAUCAAGCAGCCAUAAUGCUUUUGGCAGACCUGUUCAUUUAAGUAAGCGUUGGGGAACCUUCAGCCCUCCAGACAUUGUUGGAUCUCCAACUUCUAUCAGCCCCAAAAAGCAUGACCAGGGAGGAUGGGAUUUGUAGUCCAAUCGCAUCUGGAGGACCACGGGUUUCCCACACCAAUUGAAACUUCAUUGCAGUCUUUCCACAUUUGUCCACAUUAAGGAAUCCCCAGGUUUUUCUGGCCUUAUCUCUCUCUGCAGUAUCAUCAUUGCCAUGCAAGACACAUAAACUCAGGACCAGUUCAGGUCCUAUCUAGAUUAGGUUUAAGCUAAAAAACAUAAUGCCUACAUGCAUAUUUGGUGGAAACCAGAACCUGACAACUUGAGUUUCAGCCAGUGUGCUUAUUUGUGCUUACUUAAAUAGUCUGUCAUUUCUUAUGUUCUGAUGCAGGUCCUCGUGGUGAGAAAGGUGACCCAGGUGAAGCCACCAUUGUGGAAACCAUCCGUUCGGGAGUUGGUGCUUCAGCUGCUCAAGGUAGAGAAAAUUGUCUCUUCUACGCUUCUGUUUGUGAAGACAACUCUUUAAAUACUGUCACUUUCUAACAGACUGCUUAUGCCUUAUGGUUUGUUUCUGCCCUCCCAAACAAGCCAUAAGUCCAGGUUUGUAUGACAUGACAAGCCAGACCAUGGCUUCUUUUCUGGCAGGGUGGCAGCAGUAGGAAUGGAGAAGAGUGAAGUACCCACAAUUUUAGCAGUAUAAGCAAGGGCUAACCCACACUUCCUCUUGUCUUACUGCUUUUUCCCAGGAAAAACUGCUCUUUAGCACUCAGUCAGAGCAAAUGGCAAUUGAGGUUUCCCUCAGAUUGCCAUUUGUUCCAAUCUAUUGCCAAAGAGUGGGUUUUCUUUUGGAAAGAAGCAGGCCAAGGGGGAAACCACUAAGACCCAAUCAAGCAGAAAACCCCUUAGGCCUGUGAAUUCUAGGCAUAGCCUAGAUGAGAUAAAUUUGGAUGAGCCCCAAGUUUAUUUUAACUGUAAUUUAAUGUGACACAUGUACCAGACCAUUAUCUUUACUUUGGAACAAUAAACUUUUAUCUCCUAUUCAAAACCAAGUCAAACUAAGCCCAAACCUACUUAUUGCUAUAAAAUAAGAGGGUGAGUGGUCAUUUAGGUUUGUUUUAGAGACAUGGGGAUCCUGAGUUAAUUGAAAUAUCAUUUUACUAUAUAGACCAAGUCAGAUACUUAGCCCAUCUAGUUUUCAUUUAUUGUAUUGGGGGUUUUUUGUUCUGCCUGCAAUUUACCCUGCCAAAAUUUUCACUUUCCUCUCAGCUUUCCUCAUUCUCAACUUUAUUCCUUAAAAGAAAAAGAAAAAAAGACACGGAUAGAAUGUUUCUUUGGGCAUUGUCACAAGAUAUUACUUUUUAGUGUUGGUUGUGUCACUUGUGAAUGUUGGUGUGGAUUUCAGUAUGGAAGUAACAACUUUCAAGACAGUUGGUUGAAUCUAAGUCAUGCUCAGAGUAGACACUUUGAAACCAAGGGACUUGGGUUACUUCUUCUUCUUUCUUCUUCUUCUUCUUCUUCUUCUUCUUCUUCUUCUUCUUCUUAACGUAUAUACCAUAUACCACCUUUCAUUUUGGGAAGAAAGACCAAUGCAGCUCAAGGUAAGCUAAGUCUAUUGAUUUCAUCAGGUCUGCUCUGAAUGCACCUUAGUUAGACAGAACCCAAAGUGUACGUUCUAGUCAAUGGAGCCUCUUUCAUUUUGAUUUAUAGACACAUGAGAUGAUUUAGCCAUCCUUUCAAAUACAACUACUGUCUGGUUUCCUUUAAUAUUUUAACCCGUGAGAUCAUUUAUUAUUAUUAUUAUUAUUAAAAGCAGCCUCUUUCUGUUUCUAAAAUAUGCUGCGGUAGCAGCAGUUGUGUAAUACUUCUGUUUCCCUUUUUCGUCUAGUGGUACCAGAGAUGCAAGGACCGCCAGGACCCCCUGGACCACCAGGACCUCCAGGUAUAGACUCUCUAUUCUGUACUAGCAUAUAAGUUAAAAAAUGGUGGUGAGGAAGCUAAGUAGAAAAAAAAUAAGCAUGCUGUAAGUCUUCCUAUACUAAAAAGGGAAUUUCACACACAACCACUUUGCAGUUUAUAUUUCUAUGUACUUUUUUAUAUAAAUAUUCCCGAUGGCUUCUAAUCUGUCCCCUUGAUAGUCUUGGCAGAAAACCAGCAGUUUUCUAAUCAGCGUGAUAUAAAGUGAACUGAAGCAUUUCAUAGACACAAAGAGAGAAAGACAACAUACACACUCAACAGAGUGCCCAGAAAUCAUGUUUAUUUUAGCAGGUGGCAAGAAAAACAAGAACUGAGCUGCUGCCGUUAAAAAAAAAUCAACAUUGCAAUACCUCGUAUUCUGUUAGAAUAAAACCUUUGUAAGAAAUUAGCAGCUACUUAAAGAGGUCACAUUUUGUGUAGUUAAACUGCUGUACAAGAUGGACUUUGCAAGAUACAACUUCUGAGUUGACUAUGAACAAAAGUGUGCCUUAAUGAAUAUAAAGGUUUAAAAACCUGGAAAGUUUGAUAAACAGUCCUUUAAUAUUAGGUCAGACAGAAAAAAACUAACCUCAUCAAGCAACAUCUUUGUUAUGAGGUAGCAGCAGGAAAUGCCUACACAAUGUGCUACAUCCUAGCCUGUGGACAGCCUUAUAUCUUUGUCAAAGUCUAUUGCUUCAUGCACAUGCCUAGCCAGCCAUGGGCUGGUAGGUGGUACACUCUAUUUGAGUCCCUUAUCCAUGGCUGCCACAUGUCCAGUGACUGUGUGAAUAGGCCCUAAAGCUGUCUCUAUUUUUGGAAGUCGGUAGGUAUGGAGGGAACAGAGAGGCAGGAUAGAACUCCAAGCAUUAUGAAAAGAAAUGGGAGUCCAGUGUUAUACUUUCCCCUCUUUUUUCCCCAGGCGCUUUUGUUCAAGGCCCACCAGGACCUCGUGGCAUACCAGGUAAAAAGGGCUUUUGUUCGAUUUAAGAACUUCCCUUUGAGGGAUUUUCAAAAGCUGCUCUAUUGUUUUGGUGAAACGCAGUUUUAAUGCACAGGUUUAAUCCCCAACGCAUUUCUGAAGAAUUUGUUCAGUGAAAGCACAAGCUGAUCUGCCUGUGUGAUUUACAGACUUCCCCCUCUCUUCCUUCUGUAAUAAUUGACAAGUUUCAGACCAUGUGUGUGAUUACUUGUGACUUGGGAACUAAAAUGUGACUUCAGUAUGUGAUAGCCUUGGUAUAUGCUACUUCAGGAUAAAGCACUAUACUUUAGCCUCACCCAGUUGGUUUUAGGUCCUACCCACCUGUCCCUCAGAAGGCUGGCAAGAUAAGAAUCUGGCCCUUGGGAUAACAAAAGUUCCUUACUCUUGCUCUAGAUGAUGUUGAGCUCCAGCGCCAACUCAGCCCUAAUCACCAUAGCCACUGGUUAGAGGUGAUGGGAGUGGAAGCCUUACUCUACAGACUGGUGCAGUUGUAUAGGAGCCUGAGUUUGCUAAGAGGGUUAUGAAUGUAGGUAGAAUGAAAGCAGGAAAGCAGAAGACAACAAUGCCCAUUUACACCACAAAGAACUCAUAACCCACCUGCUCUCAGCAGCCAGAAACACCAUAACCAGACACUGGAGAGACCUGUCAGGAGUAAGCAUAGACCAAUGGUACCAAAUAGUAUGGGAAACAGCCCAACUAGAAAAAUUAACUAAUAAACUGAAACUGACACGGGGACAAACAGAAGAAGACGCCUUCACCCCGGUAUGGCUCCCCUUUAUCACAUACACAGCCCAACAGGACAAUGACAAUAAUCCACCAACAGCAUACAAAUCAAUAUGGCUAACCUGAUCCAAAACACCCACCCACCUCACUCACACACGAAAACAAAGAUCACCACAGCCAAUCACAAGCAAACAAUCACACCCUAGGCCAACCCCAACCUCUCUCACCACCAAAGGAACACAAGUGAACAACACAAGCAAUGCUGACACCAAAUUCUACAUACAUUAAACAUAAUAGAAACACUGCCACCCGACCCCACCCCCAUCCAUCUUCCCUCUCUCCACCCCCCCUUUCUUUUUUCUUUCUUUUUUCUUCUCCCCCUAAUGCCUCAACAAAUGAAACGGAUUUGUAAAAAUGUUACAUGAAAAAAAAAAUACGAGGCACUACACUUCUGUAAAUCAAGAAAAUCCUUAAUAAAAUAUUUUAAAAAAGAAAGAAAAAAGAACAGGUCUCUAAGGCUCAACUUUUCCUUUGCUGCAACCUGACCCAAUGAAUGGUCCGGAAGCAGCUAAUGAUGCAAAGUUGCUGGAGCUAAGUGGGUGCAGACCUGAACGUUAAAAAAAACACAAAGAUCUGGCAUAUCCACCAGCAGUGGUGCUGGUCUUGGUCCAUUCUGCUGGUCAGAGGGCAAGAGACCCUGAGUGUUCCCCAUCACUAAGCACCAGAGAUCUAAUGGGCCUUUCUUAAUUGCCAGCUCACUCAGCCCUCAAUAAUUGAAUAACUAUUUUUAAAAUUUUCCUUAUGGGAACCAGGAGCUAUUGAUGCACUGUAAUAACCUGGUUGCGUGGUUUCCGAUCUUUCUCACAGGUGAACCAGGUCAGCCAGGUCUACCAGGAGCCUCUGUGUCAGGUGAGUCUAAAUACACUCUCUUUCUUAUCAGCCCCUUCCUCUCCUGCAUCUGAGUCUGACCUGCCCUCUUCCACAGCCUCUUCCUGAUCACUAAACCCUGUUUCCCCUUCAGAUUCUGACACCACCUCCCCCUAGUCUGUUCCUUCUUCUCCCUCUGACCACUCCUUGUCACCCCACCACCAGGCCCUUGGCUCUGAGCCUCCUUUCCUGGGGGUUUCCCAGCUGCUUCCUCCCCCCCCCCCUGCCGCCACUUCUCUGCAUCCAGCCUGUCCAUGACAAUCAGCCUUCACCAAUCUGGUGCUUUCCAUACAUUUUGGAUUACAAUUCCGUCAGCCCCAGCCAGCAGGGCCACAAUGAUCAGGGAUGGUAGGUAGGCCGGAACAUCUGGAGGGCACCAUGUAAUGAAGGAGGCUCUAAACAGUACAAUGUCACAUGUGAAGCCCCUGUUCUCUCCACCACCCCCUCUCCAGAUUUCUCAUCACCAUCUCCCUGAUUCCUGUUUGCAGGUGCUGGAGUUGCCAUCCAAGGACCACCUGGAUUACCAGGACCACCUGGGCCCAAAGGAGAGAAAGGUUUGUGAAGAGCACUGAGCACCCUUUUGCAUCUUGAACUUUGUGUGAGAGGCAAAAUCUGUGGCUUCUGGCAUGCUGUGAUGAGCCUUGCUCCUAGCUGUAAAAGUGCCCAGCUGUGAUGUAAUGUAAAUCAUUGUGGGUGACCCUCUUGAGAAAGCUCUUUUGCUGCUUUUCUUACCUCUUCCCACAGGGCAAAAUAGAUUGUUACAGUUCUCCUAAGCCAGGAGUGGGGAACCUCAGGCUUAGAGGCCAAGUGUGGCCCUGUAGGCUUUUCUGUGUGCCCCCCAGGAUUCUUUCCAGGCCACCCUCCACUCCCCAUGCCAUGCCCUUUACCAGCCCUACUUCAUCCCCUUGAGUGGUUGGAAUGUGUACUUAAACUCAGACAAUGCCUUUUGGUUUCCUGUAUUGAGGACAGAUGGAUGGGUGGAAGGGUGUAAAAACUAGCCUACUGUACAAAGGUAGUAUUUGCAGUCACUGCUUUGCCCACUUUUGCCUCUGACCCUACCCACCACUGGCACGUGGCCCCCAGAAAAUUGUCCUGAUGGGAAUGUGGCCCUCGCUCUGAAAAAGCUUUCCCACCAAUGUGACUUGGACUUUUAUCCCCAGAAGGAGUGCAAUUAGAAAGGUCCACAGGCUUGCUGAAUGGAGUCAAUGAACACAUGUUUUUCUUUGUUUUCCUGUUAGGUGAUGCAGGUGUACCAGGAGCUCCAGGCAUCCCUGGAGGAGGUAAGAUGACAGCAUCAGUAAUGUACAAUUUUGUAUAUAGUAUAAACCAUCAUAGCCAUCCCUAGUGUUAAAGCUUUCUGAAAUGUAUUGUGUCUUCUUCCUGGGCAAAUAAAAUAAGGCAAUUCAGCUCACAGAGCAGGGCUGAAAAUCCCACUCAUGCCACAGAGAUGCUGAAGAACUCGGUCUCUGAGGAGUCGUGGUCUGGGGCCAUGACAGGUUAAGGAGGCCUGUCAUUCUCCUGUCAUGUGGCAAAUGCAGGCUUGUGAAGCACACACAGUUGCUUUGUAAUGUACUGUUUCAUCCUAUGUGUCAGUAUAAUGCACUUGAGUACAAUGGCCUUUUUAGGCUGUGCCUUGCUUCCAUAGUAAUAAAAACAAAUCAACUUUUGUACUUCUGCAGCUGGAUCAAGAGCAUCUCAGGGUCUUCCAGGUCCCCCAGGUCCUCCUGGACCUCCAGGCCUAGGAAUCAGUGGAAUUAGUUCGGCCCGAGACAUUCAGCUGAUGAUCGCUGAGUACCUGCAAAGUAAGUCACACACCUUUUGUUAGAGUCAUACUAUCAUGUCACUAUCUGACAGCACUCAGUUCAGACACCUUUGGGGGUUUGGGGAAAGUCUGGAGCUUGUUUGCCUUCUGAUCAUCUAAUAUCUGAUUUACUGUGGACAUUUCAGAUUGCAGGUAGAAGGGGGCUGGAAUGCCUCCUGCCUCCUGCCAUUCAAAACUUAAGUUUCAAUAUACCCCAAAGAAAUUUUCCAGUUAAACCUUCAGCAGAAUACAUAUAUGUACUUUUCAUUUCAAUGUCAAUUAAACCAUUGUACUUAACAGGCAGGGGUUCAUGGAAGUUGUCCAACAACUGGAGAGGCAGGGGUUUCCUACCUCUGGUCCAGGUAUAUGGCUCCUCCCUAGGGACUAAGAGAACCUUAGCACUAAACAAAUAAUACAGACCAAUAUAUUAAAAAGCUUGGACUCUGGAUCCCAAAGUACCCUACUUAAACCUUUGUAUGAGAGCAGAUAACAAAUUAUUCUAUGGUAGGAGCAGCCAAGGGGUGAUGUAGAAUAAUCAGUGAUUUCGUAGGGUUAUGCUGGUGGAGCUGCAGGAGAACCACAAAAACCAUGUAAUCACCACAUCCAUCCACUCCAAUAUUGAUUGUACUCUGCCCUUCUGCUUCACUAGGUGACAGUGCAUCCUAUCUGGUUGGACCUCCUGGUCCUCCAGGACCACCAGGAAUGAUUACCGCCAUUGGUGAGGAAUCCUUGGACUACACUGAAUUGGCCCGCCGUGUCGUGAGCUAUAUGUCUGGUAAGCACCAUGCUUUCAUGGCUCGUCAGUUUUGUUCCAUCUCUGGACAAACCAGAAAAGCAGGACUAAUUUUCUUUUAUUUUCUUAGGAGUGGAUGUUCGCCAGUAUUUCAUUGGACCCCAAGGUCCCCCAGGACCCCCUGGCCCCCCUGGACUGGGAGGAGACAGCUUAUCUGUGUCCCUGGACUAUGAUGAAUUGACAAGACGGGUUGUCAGCUAUAUAACAAGUAAUGUCAUAUGCAUAUCUAUUAUGUUGCACUAAGUGAUUUCCCCAACAGCACUGUGAGAUGCAAAUUGGCUUUUUGGUACUACCUGUUGGCUGCAGGCCCCUUCGUAAAUUUUGCAACCACAUGUUGUGUGUGUAUGGUUACACACUCCUUGGUAUAGAAAUCCCUUAGGAUGCCACACACAGGUGGGGCCUAUAGUUAUAGGAUGCUUAUUCUUUACCCAUUUGCCACCACCCAAUAUCUUCAUGUGUACUCACUUUUUGCUAUAAGGGCUAUCAGGGCAUGUCCCACUAUGUUUGGAUGAUAUGCUGUAGUGGUCAGUAAGAAUAUACUAUUGUUGAUUUCCAUUUACACUGAAUAAUCCAUUUUUUGGUGGCUGUUAGUUCACAGAAUUCUCAGAGUAAACUGAAGAGUUGAUCCAGAGAACAUUUUCAGGAAUUUAGGAUGUGAAGCACUGUAAUAUUAUUUUUCCCCUAACAUUUCUCUACAAAACACUACAUACUAUAGGAGUGCUUUGAAAAUAAAUCUUACAGAGAUGCUUUCAAUAAUCCAGUAUUUAGCACAUUUACUGCUUCAACACACUAAGAGCCACACCAUAGUGGGUUAAGGGUACUAUGUUGUUGGUAAACUGCAGUUCCCAGGAUUCAUUGAGGCAAGUUAUGUGAUUUAAAUGUACGGUGUGGAUGUGAGCAUCUUGCCAGAACCACAAUCAUGAAUUGCAGUAGUGACUGGAACUAUAGUAAGCCUUGCAAUCCUAUCAAGCCAUCUUGGGAAAUCUUAUGGACUCACAACUAUUGGAUUUUAGGCUUCCCUACAAUGACCAAUGGUUCAUAGCCACCCAACUUGGAUUUACCCCUCUGUGCUCAUCUCUGGGUUUCAAAAAAGAGUUGAAAUGCAGUGGAGACAUCUAGGUAUCCAUUUAGUUCAGUGAAGCAAAGGUGUGGCUCCACCUCAUUCCCAGGAGGUAGAUUGCUAUAGUAAGCUGAGUGGUUGUAUUCCUACUUCAGCUGAAAUUGCGUAAUGGAGGAAGUAGCUCAGUAGCAGAGCACAUGCUAUACAUGCCAGAGGUCUGAGGUUCAAUCCCCAGCAUUUCCAGAUAGAUCUGGGAAUAUCCCUUGCCUGGAACCCGGGAGAGCUGCUGUCCAUCUUUGUAGAUAAUACGCUGGUGGAAAACUCUCCCCAAGGAGGCCCAUCUGGUGCCUUCAUUACGUGUCUUUAGGCAUCAGGCAAAAAUGUUUCUCUAUAACCAGGCCUUUGGCUGAUUGAACAUUCUAUUGUCUUUAAAAGGUAUUUGUGGGUUAAAGGUGUGUGUGUUUUAUUAUGUGUUUUGUGUUCUCAUUUUGUAUUUUUAUGUUGUGAAGUGUCCUGUGAUCUUCUGAUGAAGGGUGGUAUACAAAUUUAAUAAAUAAUAAUACUGAGCUAUACGGACCAAUGGUCUGACUCUGUAUAAGGCAGCUUCUUAUGUUCCUACGGGCACAUUCUAGAAAUGAGCUGUAAGAUCACUGCCAAAAAUAGUAUGUGCUUUAUAAUUUCUUUUGCAAAGAGACUACAAGUGCGAGGUGCAUAGUCCUAAUUAUUCCUCAAGACAUAGCUAAUUCUGCCACUCUUAAUCCUCACUUUGUUAUAUAAGCUAACAGAGUAGGACAGAAAAGUCCUUCUGCCUUUUGUUUAGCUAUUCUGUCCUGGCAAUGUGGGUAGGGACAGAGGGGAUUUGCUUGCAUAGUGGGGGAAAAGUGUGUGUGUGUGUGUGUGUGUGUAAAUCAGGCCUCAGAUACUUAUUCACAUUCUUCCUUCUUUCAGACUCAGAAUUUGAUCGCUUUGUAGGGCCACCUGGGCCACCAGGCCCACCAGGAAGUGCGCUUUCCUCCAUCACUGCAGAGGACAUCUCCGCCUACUUACAAAGUAAAUAUGAUUUGCCAUACUCUGCACUUGGGUACCUUUUAGGAGUCUGGGAUUUCUUGUGAUGGGUGGGGAGUUGUUGGGCUUUCUAGGACAGAGUAAAGAAUUUGAUCCACAUUCAACAUGCAGCAAUUCAGUGAAUCUCAGUAUCGUAAGAUCUGGGUGUGUUAGUCAUCACCAGCAAAGGAUGCUAGUGACAAAAUGGUAUGAUUGGUCAAUCAACUGAUCUAAAAUUCUGCUGGUAGCUCCCUAAAAUGAAAGCUAUGUGAUACUUUGACCUUCCUUGCUAACAGGGUAAAAGGGUGUCAACACCCCACCCCCACCCUGCUGCCACCCCCCCAAAAAAAACUGAAUCAAAAAUUACACAGGUAUAAAAUAGCAUGCCAUCUUGACAUGCCAAUGAAAUUGUUUUUAAACAUAAUGGUGGCUAAGUGCAUAUGAUUGUGCUGUUAGAAUGGGGGGGGGGGGUGACAUAGGAAAAAGAAUUCAAGCAAAGGGUCUGCUUGCACUUUCUUAAAAAGCACAUUAUUAACCCAGUUUCUUCUUCUUCCAAGGUUUGGGAUUCUUCACACUUUCUGGACCCCCUGGACCACCUGGUCCACCAGGCCCUCCAGGACCACCUGGCUUGUCAGGAAGUGGCCUUGUUUCCUAUGGUGAUGAUCUUUGGACUGACCAGUUCAGAAGUGACUUGAUCAAGUACCUUACUAGUAAGUCACAUACGCAAAACCACUUCCACAAUUUUGAUUGCUAUAACCAGCUGUUGCUCUUCUUGAAAUUUCAAGUCUGGGCCUCAUCCUGGCACUAUGCCUAGGGCUGAUCUCAUAGGUCUUUUGUAGCAGCUGAGAAAUGCUUACUACAGCUGCUAUCCUGGACUGAAAAGUCCCUCAAGAAAUCAAAAGUAUUGAAUAUGGUUUUGUCUUAAGGUGGAUCCUAAGAUUUAUUUCUGUUUGGUCAUCUUUGACAUGUCUCAUUUAUGGAAGAGACUUGUUCUUUAAUUUGUGCUUCCUUUACUGGAACCAGAAGGUCUAAAAAACAGCACCUUAGCUGGUAGUGCAUAACCUCUAACCAUCAACUCAGUCUCAAGUAGCAUCCUCUUGCUUUAAUGAAAAGCUUUCCAGAAAUAGGUUCUCUUUGGGGCACCAUGCUGCUCUAAGUUUACUAAAAUUUGCAUCCGGCUUCAGUAAACUUAAAGAGAUUUACAUCAAUAUCAUUAACAUACUAUCAGGUUCUUGCCUGUGGGUGGAAUUGACAGUGGAGAAGCACUCCUGUUAGGAAUAAUGGGUGGAAUUGGGAAGGCACUAGAUCCUUCAGAUUCCAGUGCUCCCUCUGCAUGCCCCCAAACCGGCCCAACACAUUUUGGUUGUGGGAUGUCAAGAGUUCCAAAACUGAUAGGGCUGGGUUUGUGGAAGUUGUGGGGAUGGGAGAAGGAUUCAACAUCAGAGCUCCCUUGAAGAAGAUCUGAUGUAUCGUGUGACCCUCUGGGAUGCCGUCCUAAAGCACACUUUGCUGGCUUCAGCACCCCUGUAGAACAUUCCAUUAUAACUUGUGCAGCUCCAUUAAUACCCAUUGCUGUGUUUUGUAGGUGACGAUAUUCGUGGCAUCAUCAGAGGACCCCCCGGGCCUCCAGGACCACCUGGUAUAGGAGGAGAUGGCAGCUUGAUGGCUGAAUCUUACAGAAGGUCUCUAAAUUCAGAUGGGUCGUAUGGCAGGUCCGUAAGUUCUGCCACAUCCUAUGAUGCAUCACUUGCCACAGGGGGAUCAUACAGCAGCUCAUUGGGAAGCAAUGGAGCAUAUGGUGGAUCUCUUGGAGCUGGUGGAUCUCUUGGAGCUGAUGGAUCUCUUGGAGCUGGUGGAUCACUUGGAGCUGGUGGAUCAUACGGUGGAUCUCUUGGAGCUGAUGGCUCUUAUGGUGGAUCUCUUGGAGCUGAUGGUUCUUAUGGUGGAGCGAUUGGAGCAGGUGGAUCUUACGGUGCUGGAGCGGGUGGAUCUUACGGUAGUUCAACUGGAGCAGGCGGAUCACAGAUGAGAUCUACAGGUGCAGGAGGAUCCUAUAGUGGAUCAUUUGCUGGGGCACUGGAUUACAAUGAGUUGGCAGCCAGAGUGUCAGAAAACAUACAAAGUAAGUAUAUCCAUAUUUUACCCCAUGCUAUCUAAAGUGCUGAGGACUGUUUAGAGUGUUUGUGUGUGUGUGUUUGGGACAUAUGAUUCUUAGACCAUUAAGUUGUGUUCCACUCCUUUGAAUAUAUGCAGUGUAGAUUCCAUGAGCUAUUCUAAGGAAAAACUUGGCAUUCUUUUUUGAAAUGACCCUAAAAGUGCACACAUGAGAAAUGUUAAAUUGAAACGUGCUGUAUGUACCUCUGAGGGAAAUCCCAGGAGCAGGUUCCUUCCUUGACUGCUAGAUCUUGGAUUAUCACAGCAAAACAGUUUAAUAUAUGUGCUCAGCAGAAUUGGUGCAAAAAGUUUCCCCCGAGGAUCAAAACAUUAAAUCAGUUUCCUAACUCAGAUUAGAAUCCUUCACCAGCACUAGGGCUGAUGUGAGUUGUAGGCCAAAACAUCUGGAGGGUACUAGGUUGGUGAAGGCUGAAGUACAAUGCUUCAAUUAUGGGCUGAGUCUUUUUCUGGAGUGUUAAGGAUGCUUUAAAAGUAGUACAGGAAAAUGCCACAGCUUCAAAGGGCGGGGGGUGGGAAGAGAUGCUUCCUUGAGUUCUGACUUCAUAGCAAGGAUGUAGAACCGGUGGCCCUCCUGAUGUCCUGAACUGCAACUCCUAUCAUCUUUGUUCAUUGACUACGCUAACUGGGACUGAUCAGAAUUAGGGGUUGCCUACCCCUGCUUUAUUGAAUGGAAUUUUCACUGCUGGACACAAAGCAUUUUGAAGAGCCAGGGGGUGAAAUUGGUCAUGUCAACCUUCAUAUACUCUAUUUCAAAUUUAUGUUCUAAUUUCCCAGGCCGAGGGCUUCUGCAGGACAUGAUGACUUAUGCUGUGCAAGGACCACCUGGGCCUCCAGGGCCUCCUGGCAUUCCAGGCAUCAGCAAAGUGUUUGCAUCCUAUGGCAAUAUCACUGCGGACCUCAUGGAAUUCUUCAGAAGUAAGUCACAUCCCUGUUGUCAUUUUAAUUUAGGAUAUACAGAGAUUUUAAAUGAAAUGAAAUACUGCAGCUGCUGCUUUACUGGGUAGGGAGUAGUUUAGGGACCACUCCAGAUUAGUGGAUUUUUUUUUACCAGGUGCAUUCUGCAACAUGUCAUUGAUGCAAUAGUAGCGUGUUAAUGGUGGAUGCAUACUGGACGGUCUACACAUCAUUCCCCUAUACUGGUUGUUUUGCAAUAAUCCCUCAAUGUUAUACAUUAGUGCCUUCUCAAGGGGCACUCUUGCCGUAUAUAGUGCAACCACAAAAUAAUAAUAUUCUUGGAAUGUUUGUGGUACAGAAAGUUACAGGGUUUCAGCAGGAAGCUAUGGGACAUGCACUGCCUGGAAACAAAGCAGUAUGACACGCCAAAACUUUUGCAGGAACAAAUGGUAUUGAAAGUGUGAUUGUGUGUAACUGCUGCAACAACUUGAUGAGUACAAAUCAUGAUGAAUGCUCAAUAAAGAGGCCCUAGACGUGUGUAGUAGAAUAUAGCCUUGUGACAACCUGCAUUUCUGCCCCAUUAGAAGAGGAGGCAGUCCCUCACAUAUGGCUUACCUUGAUUUUGUAACCUGGACCCUUCAGGCUUUGUGGUAUUGAAUUACUUUGUUAAAUGGGCCAAAAGCACAGAGCUUUUCAUUAUGGACGUUCUUAUAUUUACAAUUAAGAGCAGAUAUCCACAAACAUGAUGUUGUUUGUUUUCUACAGCUUAUGGAACUAUCCCAGGUGCACCUGGACAGAAAGGAGAGAUAGGAUUCCCAGGACCCAAAGGUAAGAAGUUGGAUGCCACACUUGCCAACUUGAGAAUCCAGGAGGGAGGCAGGGAGACGGAUGGCUCCUCCCCCUGUACAAGUAGUCUCCUCCUCUUGAAGACACCGAAAGGAAACCCAAUAGAGCACUUCUGUUUCAGAGGAUGCAAGUGGGGCCUGCCGCAAAUGUUGCCAUGCAUCCUCACCCCCAAGUAGCAGUGCUCCUGUGCAAGGUUCUAGCCAGCCAGCUAGAUCCUCCAUCCCACCACCGUCUGCCAUUUUCGUUUUUUCUUUCCUGACACACAGUGUUCUGUAGUGACUGAGCAUCCUUAGAUAGAGAGGGGGUGUGUGUGUGUGUGUGUGUGUGUGUGUGUGUGUGUGUACAUGCUACCAGAAGCCUUUGGGUUCCCCUGAGCAGGCUAAUAGCUCCCUUUUGCUUCUCAGUGGCUUCACUUGGGCUCCAGCCUAGCGAAUCUACUAAAUUCACACUUUUCCAAACAAUACACAGCCAUCCUUUGAAACUCACAUUUCUCCAAUGGUAUUAGGGCCUUGCAGUGACUAUAAACAAUGUUUAUUUUUGGAUCAAGUCUGUUUCACAUUGGUGCUACAACCAGGUAUAUAAAAUAGUGAUGGGCUGUACUCUAUUAUCCCCCCCUGUUAUCAUAUCAUAUACACCUGAAUAUAAAGGGGAAAAUGUGACCUUUAGUUGCCCAUGAAACUGAAAGAUCAAGGUUUCUUUCUUGGUCCUAGACAGCAUGGGGUCUCAGCAGUCACCUGGUCUAAACAUUUGCAUUAAGGCAGGCUGUGCUCUGUCUGAUUAAACCAUCCCAACUAUGUUUGUCUAAUCAUUUCUGUCCACCCUCUUUGCUUUCAUAAUUUCUUUAAGAUACUUGUUCCAGGUGUAUUCUUGAGUCAAGUGUGAUGAUCAUGACAUAUAUUGUUCACGCCUGUUAAAGUUUGGCCAGUCUGACACUGGUGUCAUAGAAUCAUAGAAUUGUAAUUAGGAAAGGAUCCAGAGGUUAACCCCCUGCAAAGCAGGAAUCUCACCUAGAUCAUACAUCUGCUUAAAAACCUUGGAGGGUGAGUCCACCACCUCUUGUGGAGACCUGUCCCACUGUCAAACAGCUCUUACUGUCAGAAAGUUCUUCCUAAUGUUUAGUCGGAAUCUCCUUUCUUGUAACUUGAAGGUUCGGGUUCGGGUCUUGGCCUCUGGAACAGGAGAAAACAAGCUUGCACCAUCCUCUAUGUGGCAGCCCUUGAGAUAUUUGAAGCUGGCUAUCUUAAGAGCAAAAAUCCUUUUUGGGAGCUUGCAAAGCAGCCCUGUCCUGCUGGUGUGGGCGAAUGCUGAAUUUCCUUUGUUUAAUCCUGCCUGUGAACAAGUUUGCAUAUUCUGGCUACCUGCCUGUUCCCAGGCAGGAGUUCCUACUUUUAAAUGCUGAUAUGCUUGUUACCUAACAGAGGUGUGCCUGCUCAGCUCUGAAGUAUUUUUUUCCAAAGUGGUAGCAUUGUUAAUAAGUUGCUGCAGAAACAGCUUAGAGUCUUGUGAUAUGUUAAAGACACAGGCUGCAUACAUACCAUACAUUUAAAGCAGAUUUAAAUUGCAAGGUUUACACCAAAGAAUUCUGGGAACUAUAAUUUGCCCCUCAGAAAGCUAUGAUUUCAAGAUGCUUGGCAAACUGCAGCUUCCAGGAUUCUUUGGGAAUCAUGUGCUUUAAAUGUGAAGUGUACGUCUGCCCCUUGCACCAACUGUGUUGGCAUAAAAAUACGAAUCUAUCCUUCCCCAUAUCUUAAUCUGGGUUUAGCCUUUCCAUGGAAAAUCUGGUAAGAUUUUGUUUUUUUAAAAAAAAAUUGUUUCCAGCUGUCCAUUUGCAAUGUUAAGCCCACGUUUGGAAGUCCCCAAAGUAAAAAUAGUACAGGGUAUUUUUAACCCUUUAAUUGCUGUAUGAAUUAAACUUAACCCUUUUCCUACAAAGAAGGCAAAGUCCUGUGUCACCUUAGAUAUGAAUUUAUCUCAGAACUAGCAUUUGUAAACAAGAGUUUACCUUAUCAUUUGUAUGAAAUAGAAAAUAUCUCUCUCACAAACACAAAUUUUUAAUCCGAACUUGCAGAAAACAAAUAAUUCUUUGAUAGAAGAGAUAAUUGAAUACAUAAUUGAAUUCAGCUGACAUCACUAAGGUUCCCAUUAAUGUAUCUAGAUUGCUGUUUUCUGAACACUUCCACAACAUGGUCACUAAUGUGUCACUUACAAAGGUUGUUUGCUGAAGAAAGAAAAUGUGGGAGGAACACCAUUUUAAACCACACACAUUUUUCUGAUUCAGUUUACAUAUACAGGAAUUCUUUUUUUAAAAAACACUUUGUUUCACUUCUUCCAUUUCAUUAUAAGAUGGAUAUUAUGGGCUUGGUCUACUGAGUAUUCAGACAAAGCCCAACUGUUGCCACAAUGGAUGAUUAUCUGGCUGUAACCAUAUUGUUUUCUGUAUCUGGAUAGUUAGAUUCUCUCUGUAAAAUGCUAUUUGAAAAUGUGUGCAUUUCACCUUAAUUUCUGAGUAGUAGCAUGUGCCAUAGAUGUUCAGCACCCCUGAGUGAAUGAGCACAUGUUCUGUAGAUAAAUUAUCCUCAUGGGACUAGCCCAACUGCGCAAACAAGAGACUUGCAUUAUCUGGCCAUGUUGUGUGUGAUGUGAGAAAUAUGCUUCAUCGUUCUCUAUGGCAUACUUAUCAGAUUGCAGCAUGAUGGGAUAACGCAUGGGGUCAGCUUUGGAAGAUACACUCUUCAAGAAGUGGGCCUGUGUUGUAGCUGAACUAUUUUAAAUGAGUAGCAAUCUCAAUCGAGUAAAAUAUCAUUUCUCUUCCCUCUGCUAGGUGACAUAGGACCAAUGGGCCCCCCAGGCCGCCAAGGCCCAAGAGGACCAAGGGGUGAAAAGGGCGAGAAAGGUAUUUGUUUUUCAAAUUAGAAAGGAGUGUAUUUUGGAUUUUACCAGUACCAUGCUGGGGAAGCAUAGUGCGGGUCCAAGCAUGAAGACUUAGCAUUUGUCAUAGUUCUAGUGUAGCCACCUGUAUUGUGAGAGUCAACCUUCCCCCACUUUUUUCAGAGACCCAUACAUAGGCAAUGACUCAAGCAAACUUUAUUUAUUUUAUCCUGCUUCUCAGACAACUGGUGUCUCCCAAAGUGGAUUACGUAAAUGAAAAGAAGAACCUGCAAUUAAGUUUACAAAUGAAAAAUACACAACACACAAUGGAAGGGGAAUUGAGGGAAGAGGCUGAGGAUGUGGCCAGAUUGAACUUCCUUUGCUUGAAUAGCAGCUGAUAGCUUCUGUUCCUGUGGCUGCAGUCAGAGUAUCCUUGCUUGCUUCUGCAGUCCCAGGGCAGUUGGAGCCAAGUGGUCUUUCAGGCAGCUCCUUCCUUGGCCUCCCCAUCCUGAGGGACAGUUGGAAGUGCAGUGGUUCUUGUUCCCUGGCAAAUGGCAGAGGCCAAAGUGUGCUGCUCUUCAGUUCCUAACAGUAGCAUGAAAGUUGGGAAAAUGUGUACUUGUACCUGUGAAGUAACACUUUCUUCAUCUUAUUCCAUCUCUCUUAGGUGAAGCAGUGUAUGUUGGCCGAAGGAAAAGGAGAAGCAUUGGGGUCUAAUCUAAGAACACAAAUUUGAGCAGAAGAUUUCUCAACUGCUUAUGGUUGCUUUUUUAUCUCAGUGGAGACAAAACCCCCGUUUCCAGUGACUUCCAGCAAGUGACGACUAACACUUGGUACUUUGGGAAUGGUUUUCAUAACAUUUUAUCUUAUUUCUAAGAUAUGGGUGGCUUCCAGUAGUACAUAUUGAACUAAUGGCUCAUUUGCUUGUUGUCCCAUAUGAAUUGGCUGGAACAGAGUAUAGCCCUCAUCUAAACCCAAUGAUUUUAUAACAGCAUAGCCUCAAAAGUUGUAACUUACUUCCCAGGAAACUCACACUUCAGUUUCUCUGGAUGAAGAUUAGCAUGAGAAAUCUUCAACAGAAACUCAACCAAAGUUGAAAGGAUUGGAGUCAGAGGUUAUGUAUCUUCCUUUGAAGUAGGAGAAAGCAUAUCCAAAAUUAUCAAGAAUAUGGAUUUAAGAGUAAAGGCUAUGCCAGUUGUGAUAAUACUCAACUAUAUGCUAGCAGGAUGCAUAACCAUAGGCUACAUUUUAUUAUUAUUAAAUCCACUUAAUCUGUUAUAAAAUGCAUUGCAAAAAUGUGAAGGACCUUGGGGCUGUUAGUAUAUAAGCACUUUGUUGGAAACAAUUUUUAAAAUGUCUGCUGUGGUUUUAAUUACUAUAAAAGUGCCUUUUUAAUAUAAAGCUUUCUGAUUAGAGCUUGUUUACACUCUAGCCUCACUUUAGCAGAAACCAGACAUUGAAGUAUUAUGACAGACAAAGUCAGGGAAGCUUAUGCAUAUAAGUACAGUAGCCCGCCCACCUUCAAAAGUGAGCAGUUUUAUCUAUGACCAUUUCUUCCUCUACUGCCUGCUUGCAGUGAGCAUCUCCUAAGCCAUCUGUUGUUUUUAAGGUGCGGAAAUCCCCAUUAGCAUAGAAUGAUGUGCAGCAAGGGGAAUUUAGGCAACAUGCCUGAGUCUGUGCAAAGUCAAUAAAGUUUAUUUUCAUGUGUCCUAAAUCAUAUCAACAUAUCAAGAAACUAAUGUUGUACAGUGUGAAUCCUCUAUCCCGUUAUACAUGCAAUCAUGGCAGCAAUAAAGUGAUAGCUAAGUCUGGAGGGACAUGUUUUUGGGCCACAGGAAAUUUAUCAAUGUAAAUCCUGAUGUUGCGACACAUCUCAAGAUGUUACGGAAUUGUAAUUUGUUAAAAACAUUGCUGGGUAUAGGUCAACCUUAACUCCUCCAUUUGCUUCAAGAUACAAAUUUAGUGUUCCAUAACUGAUAGCAAAAGAUUCAGAAUUUAGCUAAGAGAUCAAGGAAGAUCAAAUUAGAAAAAUUAACACCAGUGUUGGAAAUACACAUUUCCUGGACAGGUUACCUAUUGCCUCCAACCUUAUCAAACAUAUAAGUAGAAAUUGAUAGCUGCAGUUCACCAUCUUGUGAAAUAAAAACCAGUUUUCUACAAUACAAAGAGGUAGAUAGUUGCAUGGCUUUCUGGUGUGACCAAAGACUAGCACUUCCACUAAAUGUGUCCAGUGGGGCUUUGAACUUUUUUCUCCCUCAAUUCCAACAUACCUAGGUAGCUAAUCAAAAUUAGUUUGUGACAUGGUACUGAGCUUGGGAGCUGUUUGCUAAGGGACUCAGAAUUGCAUACAAGCCCUUAAGUGCACAAAUUAUGUCUGGAUCUGUGACCCUUGACAUGAUGACUUGUGCUCAAGGGAUUCCAAACAGGGUAAGAUGAAUCUCCUGUAACUGGCAUACUGUUUGUCUGGUUUUGCAAGUUUGGAGCAAACAUCCUAUUAAAUAGUAUUUUCAACUGAUCAAGCAAUUGGUUGUGCAUUUAAACCAGCUGUAUCUGUUACUGAGACAUUUACUUUUUUAAAAAUAAAGUUACUUCCAAUGUGUUAAGUUUCUUUCUUCCUCUGUCCCAUGAGCUGUGUGGAUUACACUAUGUUUCCUGAUAUGCAAGCAAUGUGAAACAAUGUGUUUCCCUCUUUCAAACCCCAUUUUGUUUUGAUACAAAGUGCCCAUGUUUCUUCUUAACAUUAUCUUUCAAGUGCAAUCCUAUACAUAUCUGCUGAGAACUCCUGUUUAGCUCAGUGGGAUUUACUUCCAGCUAAGGGACAUGGGUGGCGCUGCGGUUUAAAUCACUGUGCCGCUUGGACUUGCCGAUUGGAUGGUUGGCGGUUUGAGGCCCCACAACAGGAUGAGCUCCCAUUGUUUGGUCCCAGCUCCUGCCAACCUAGCAGUUCAAAAGCACGCAGUGCAAGUACAGUGGUACCUCAGGUCAAGUACUUAAUUCGUUCCAGAGAUCCGUUCUUAACCUGAAGCACCACUUUAGCUAAUGGGGCCUCCCACUGUCACCACACUUUCUGUUCUCAUCCUGAAGCAAAGUUCUUAACCCGAGGUACUAUUUCUGGGUUAGCGGAGUCUAACCUGAAGCAUCUGUAACCUGAAGCGUCUGUAACCCAAGGUACCACUGUAGAUAAAUAGGUACUGCUCCAGCAGGAAGGUAAACGGUGUGUCUGUGCGCUGCUCUGGUUUCGCCAGGGGCAGCUUACGUCAUCCUAGCCACAUGACCCGGAAAAACUGCGGAAGCGGACAAAUGCCGGCUCCCUCAGCCUGUAAAGCGAGAUGGGCGCCGCAACCCCAGAGUCGUUUGCGACUGGACUUAAUUGUCAGUGGUCCCUUUACCUUUACCUUUAAAAAUGCACAGGAUUGCAACCUUAAGAGCAUCAAAAUAAUUUCAGUCAUUUAUCUGAAUUUUGGUUUUCUGUGGCAAAAAAGCGUUUAAAUAUUUGAAGAUGGCUAAUAUCUCUCCUCUCAUUCUCAUUAUCAGGCAAAACAUACCUAAGUCCUUCAGCUGCCAUCCAAGUGGUGGCAGUUGUGGUCAGAAUUGCCUGUGCUUG